AUGCAUUGCUGUAACAGGCAUCUAGCGGUCUCCCAGCUCAGCCUCCUGGUACAAUGGAUCAUCCUGGCCUUUACAAGUGACUGGCACCUUGGCAGUGCCAAUGCAGGUACCAUACCUUGUCUCCAGCCUCUGUGCUGCUCUCUUCCAUAACUUUGUCCUGUUAUCCUGCUCCCUGUAGAUGUCUGUGUGUUUUAGGACUUUCAGAGUUCCCCAAUCUCUGUCCGUGUGUUGCUUCAGCCCAAGGCUGUGUGUUCUAAUCUCAGAGCUAGAAUGAUGACCAAGAAGGCAUUGUAUCAGAAAAAGAGAAUACACAUUGUAUCUUUUGGCAGAAUUAAAGUCACACUGAUUGCUUUUAGUUUCUGAUUGUUGUUGUCAUGUAAUUGUUUUGUGUGACCGUGAAAGGAUUUGUCAGUGUGACUAAAGAGAGGAGAUGAUGGCCUAGCAGGCAAGAGAAAGAUCAGUAAAAAAAAGAGUGAAAAAAAAGGGAAAAGAGAGCAGAAUUUGAGUAAAAGCAGAUGUGUAUUGGACAGUAGUUGGGAUGGGGGGAGGAGUGCAUGCAACUUGGACUGGAGUUAAAAAUUGUAGGUGGGAUAUUAUAGAACCCAUUUUAACUCUUUCCUGCCUCACACUAUGAGUGAUUUAUUAGCAUUCUGGGGCAACAUUCUAAAAGCGGAAUAGUUACCGUGGAAACCAAUAGAAUGUUCACGCUGAUUGCAAUACUUUUAGAAUUUUGCCCCAGAUGACUCCUUAUACACAACUCCUGCACGUCUUGAGUGACAAAACACUUUUAAAAUCAAGUACGUUUCAUUCUCUACCCACCGGCACUGCUUACCUGUGCUGGGUCCCUUUUAAGUCCUUUUUCUCUCUAUUUCGUCCUUUUUUAUUAUUGCGUUUCAAUUGUAUUGGAAUAUAUUUAAUAAUAAUAAUAAAUUAAUCAUUUAAGCUAAAAUGUAUAUCAUAUCAGAAUUUAUAUGGUUUUGUAUAACUUUUGAGGUUUGUUCACUAAAAUUUUGAAUUUGUUGGAAAUUAGAAUCCAGUUGGCAAAAUUGAGACAAAAAUAGGGGAUCUGGAAGAGUUCUUCAACUUGGCUGUAGUCACAGCUCGGCUCUGUAAGUCUAGAUUGAGCCUUUUGUAUUUAAAGAGUUUACGAUUCGUAGUUUACUUAAUAAACCCCUUUGUGUUGUACGUGAUUUUAACAUUGUAUUAUUUGUUUUAUUAAAGAUAUUGAACUGGGAACAUUUGAGUUAUAUUCAUUAAAGUGGAAACGGAGGACAGUUAACAAGCGAAUUGCACAUUUGUAGGCCAAAGAAGUUUAAAGCAAGAAUUCAGAGUGAAUUUCAAAUUAAGGUCAAAUAGCCAAACUGGAAAACUUCUCUAAAUCAGCUAUGCUCUCAUGUAGGCUACUCUGGCCUUAAAUUUGAAAUUCACUUUGAAUUCUAACUUCAGUGAAUAACCUUGUUUUUUUUGUUUUUUUUCAAUUCAGCCAUUGUCUCCCAACAAGCUUACUUGUCAGUUUUUCGCAAUCCUCAGUUUAGUGAAUAAAUCUCUCAAUGCACAGAGAUCUGACUGUACGGCCACGCCAUGAGUACGGCCUUUUAGUUUGUUUGAUGAGGCAGGAAUAAUGAAAUCCUCAGUUUGAUGCAGCGUUGCUACACCAGCACACUAGCAGUUUGGGCCUGUUUUCAGUUGAAUAACACGUUUAAUGUCCCAGAAAUGCUAAACAUUCUAUUUAAUAUCUUCUGGUAACUUAUCAGAAUUCUGGGUACCAUCGUUCGUACUAUCGGGACUUUGCACAAACCUGUAACACCCCACAAAUCUACUUAAACAUCUGGUGCUAACACAAGGUAAAACAUAUAGCCCAUCUCUUUUUGCACAUGCAGAGGGAUGUAAAAGAAAUUGGAAAAGUUCUGCCUGUCUUUGAAGGUUAUCUAAGGAGCUCACAGUUAUUUUAAGUUCCACCUUGGUAUAAUUAUGUCUUCUGAACUUGCCCUUUGAUGUACUAUGCUCUGAAUAGGGGUUAGCAUAAGGAGGAGGGGGACAUGAAAAUCCCACUCUGGAGCUGUAUAUCAGGGGUGCCCAAAAGGUAGAUCCCCAGAUGUUUAAAAGCUACAGCUUCCAUGAUGCUUUGGCAUUCUAAAGGCAUGCAAAGCAUCAUGGGAGUUUUAAUUCUACAACAUCUGGGGAUCUACGUUUUGGGCACCCCUGCUCUAUAUUUUAUCCACUAAUUCAGGAGUUGUGGAGAAUUGACAAGGAAAUCGCAGGCCAAAAUAGCCGAGCUUGAAAGUAGCUCAGUUGGAGAAUUUCCUCGAGGAGAGCUACAGCAGUUUUUCUUAUCGCCACUGUUUCUGGUGUAACCGAUAAACUCGAAAGUGUUUACAAAUAGCUUGCCGGACUCCUGUGCCUAUUCCGUACCUUCCAACAUUUCAAAUGGACAAAGAGGGACUCUUUCAUUUUAGGGGUGUGGUUGGCGAUGUGGCCAGAGAAGGGGUUGUUCUGAUAAACGUUAGAUGACUUACUAAUAACAAUUUAUAUAACUAAACUGUAAUUUAGAACAAACACAAUGUAACGUGUUGACACAGACUGAUUUCUAAACACAUUUCUUGUAGUCUAAAUACACAUUAUUGGGAGUAUUAUUGUUGUGUGCUCUGUUAUAUUCUCAGACAUACCAACAAUACAGAACUUCUAGGAAAGACAGUCAUUAGGAAAUAAAAGAGGGAUUUGGACCCAAAAUAGGGACUGUCUCUGCUAAACAGGGACAUUUGGGAGGUAUGUUUUUAAUUUAGGCAUUUGUCACCGUUUCACACCUUCCUGUUUAGUUACAGGCUAUAAAUACCUUUAAAGGAACAUCUGUUUUGAAGGGGGAGAGUAUAAUCAUUAAGAUACAAGGAGCAUAAGGAAAGGAAAGGAAAGGAAAAAAAUUUUAAAAAAAUUACAGAGUCACUUUAAUUAUUAAAUAAUAUGUAAAUUGCUGGGAAUUCAAACUGAAUUUUUUUUUUAAUGAACUAGAAUUCAUGCAAUAGAUUAGUUUGUUUUUGCAUGAUGCAUAAUCAGGUGUGUCCUUUCAAAUGAGUUGCCUAGAUUGUCCCUUUAAAUGGUUUAGCCUAUACCUGUAUGCUUUAGGCGUAGGGGUAUACACUGUAAGUAUGGCUAAUGCAUCUUCCGAUACACAGCUUGCCAACGCAGACUACAGGAGAGACCCGGGUAGGAAGGACAGGUAAGUAUGCUUUUUAAAGGACCACUAUAGUGCCAGGAAAACAUACUCGUUUUCCUGGCACUAUAGUGCCCUGAGCGUGCCCCCACCCUCAGGGACCCCCUCCCGCCCGGCUCUGGAAAGGGGAAAGGGGUUAAAACGUACCUUUUUCCAGCGCUGGGCGGAGAGCUCUCCUCCUCCGAUCCUCCUCUUCUCCUCCCCGUCGGCUGAAUGCGCACGCGCGGCAAGAGCAUUCAGCCGGUCACAUAGGAAAGCAUUCAUAAUGCUUUCCUAUGGGCGCUGGCGUGCUCUCACUGUGAAAAUCAGGAGGAUUAUGGGAAAUAGGGGAAGGCUUAACCCAUUCAUAAACAUAGCAGUUUCUCUGAAACUAUGUUUAUGAAAAAAUGGGUUAACCCUAGAAGGACCUGGCACCCAGACCACCUCAUUAAGCUGAAGUGGUCUGGGUGCCUAGAGUGGUCCUUUAAUCUGGGCAUUUGAUUAUGUAUCCUCCAGCAAAAAAAUAUAAAUUCUGCUAAAAUUGGCCCCGUUGAUCAAACAUCAGUGGAUAAUAGACCUUCAGUUGUCAAUUAAUGGUCAAUGGGUCCCAAGCCACCGAUCUGUUUAUAUUCCGAACUGAGCAAAGAACGUAGUAUAGGACAAUGUUAUCAAUGUUAUCACUAUAGUGGUCCUUUAGCACAAAGCUUCUCAUUGAUUGAAGAACAAUGUUUUACUCGGAUUUUAAAGUGGAAGUUCCUCUAGUGGCUGUCAGGGAAAUAGACACUAGAGGCAUGCUUAACCCUUGGAUGCAGACAUUGCUGUUUUUACAAAACAGGUUUAUUGGGUUAAAACUACAGGUCUACUGCAUCCAGACCACUUCAUUGAGAUGAAGUUGUUUUGGUAACUUUAAUGGUCCUUUAAAGGUGGCGUCUGCCCUAUGACCAUGUACACAGUAAAUAAUUUACAUUUACACGUUAUCAGCCAUCAAAACAAUCUCUACCUGAUUCUCUGACUAGAAGAUACAAUAAUCUGUUUUGGUAGUAUGUUAUUAAUAUCCGCAGUUAAAGGGACAAUCUCGGAUGGAUUGACGACCUUUAUUUUUGCAUUAUUAUUUAAAGUGAAUAUGUACUGCAAAAAAUAAUUUAGUUAAAUCAGUCCCAAAUACAUUUAAUACAUUAUAUAUAAUAGAGAUAAUUUACUUUCUUCCGGGAACGUCCUCUUUUUUUGGGGGGGAAAUUGCUUUGAAAACUCUCAGUCAAUGCUGGUCAUACCAUGAAUUUCUAAAAGAAACAGUGGCGUACUUUAUAGUGCAACAGUUGGUUGGUUAUUAAUUCAUUCAUUUUUUUUGAUUCGAUGGCAAGCCUCAGGUGACUGCAAUGAGAGAACUGCAUUGGGGUGUUUAGAUCUCACAGAGCCAUAAGUUAUGUGUUUUAAUAGGUUCUACACAUAAGACAGGAAAAGUACAAAAUUGUAAUUCACAUUAUAGGAAAUCUCUGAGAAAUUUUUUAACUAUUUUUGAAAACGUUAUUUUAGUUGUGAAUGCCGUUUUGAUCUAGAGCAAAUUUGUUUUUGUUUUUUUUAUAACAUUAUAGUGUUAGGAAUGAAAACAUGUAUUCCUACCGCUAUAGUUUUAACUACCUGUUUCAGUGUCGUCAUCCCCCGCCACGUGAGGGUUUGAAAGUUGAAAUGUACUUACAUUUUAGUCCUUACUGUUUCGUUCUCCAUGAUGCCAAUCUGUCUCAUUGGCUGAGAUUAUCUGUGUUGAUGAUCUCAGCCAAGCAAUGCUGCCCAAGGGAAACACUGAGAGACUAGUGCGCAUGCGCGGCAAAACACAGCGAUGUGCCAGUCAUAAUGGUUUCUAUGAGACUAUCUGGCUGAACAGAAGCCCACUAGAGGCAGGGUAACCCUAAAUUGCAAUGUUUUUAACUGCUGGGUUAAACAGACAGGGAGAUGGCACUGAGACCACUUAAUUGAGAUGAAGUGGUCUGGGUGUCUAAAGAGUCCCUUUAAUAUUACAGAACUUUGUAAUGGAACAUGCACUGUGAUGUGAAAGGAAAACGUACCAUAGCAUAGGAUGAGGAUGAAUUCUAUUACAGACUAUAGCAUAGAAUUCAUUAUUUUGAUUCCCUUUUUUUUUUGUUUUAUAACUUUUAAAAAGUAUAAUAACAGAAAUAGGGCAUAGGAAAAAUGGGUUCCAAUAUCCAGUAAAAAUGUCAACAUAAUAAAUAAAUACCAAGAGAUACAGGAGGGAAGGGAAAAGAAAGACGAAAGAGGAAAGUACAAAAAAGAGCAGGGAAAGAGAUGAGAAGAAGAGAAUCUCUUUCGAAUUGUUUUUUCUUUCUUUCUUUAGUUAAUUUUGUUACUUUUUUUUAACCCUUGUAAAAACUCAAGCUAUAUUGCUCUUCUCAAACCUACAGAAUUCACGAGAACAAUAACGGAUGUGUUCCAUCCAACAUUUUAGAAUGAUAUCGUCAUAUCUAGUGUCUAUGCCAGGGGUAGCCAACCUUCGGCACUCCAGAUGUUGUGAAUAAUGCUCUGACAGCCAUAACCCUGGCAAAGCAUCAUGGGACAUGUAGUCUACAACAUCUGGAGUGACAAAGGUUGUCUACCACCGCUUAAGGCAUUGCAUCGAGGGAGUGACCAUUCCAGGGCCUUUGGUUUUGUGGUCAGAUUAAUUAUGAUGUAAUCUGUCAAAGCAGAUGUCAAUAAGCAAAUUCUAAAUAUUUACAGAACAUGACGUAAAUGCUUUUUAGUUUAUGCGAUGAAUCUAACUAUCUUAAACGUGUUGGCUGUGGGACACAUGGACUGGUUCCGUCUCUGAAAUAAAAUAUUGCAAUUUAAUACGUGAGAUGUUUAAUGUCAGAGGCUUGUUCACUGAACACAAAUAUAUAUAUAUAUAAAUAUACACAAAUUCAGACAGGAGCACUCACUUGGAUUUUCCAAUAGUGUAUUAAAAAGUAUUCAUCAAUCUACAUCAACGUUUUGACCCUUCAGGGUCUUUAUCAAGAUCUUGUCUGAAUUUGUGUACCUAUUGGCCUGGAGGCACCCGGGUAAUAUAUUUUUUAUUUUUUAUUUUGGAGUUGAGUGCCAGAGUUUGGACUUUUGUGUAUAUAUAUAUAUAUAUAUAUAUAUAUAUAAAUAAAUAUAUUUCCUGUAUAAUCACAACCAACCAAUAUAAACACUUACGCACUUUACAUAUUAUAGCACAUGCCUGCGUUUUGUUAUAGCCCGAGACACCCAUGAUGUGGAUUGACAGCGGUGUCCUCUAACGCAGUGUUUUUCAACCUUUUACAGAGAAGUUCCCCUGCAAAUCUAAAAAAAAUGCCUAAGUACCUACUGGUAGGCCCUGAGGUGGCAAGCCGGCCAGUUCUUGGCUGUGGUGCACUUUGAGAAACUAGGCUUUAAUGCUGCCAUGGGUCAGACUUUAAGAGCUGUAUCGGUGAGAUGUGAUUUGUCACUUAGUUUAGUGGUUCCCAAUCCUUUAGGCACCCCAACAGUCCACGAUUUUAGGCAUUUGUCAGUUCUGUUCCUAUGGGAAUACAGAGACACCUGGACAAUUGAUGUGCCUUGAUUAAUUCCACUGCUGUAGGAAAUUUAAUGUGCAAUAUCCAUGUUCACCAGGAGUCCCUUAAAUCUGCUGCCCCAUAAAAUAGACCCACAGCUGUAAGUAAAACUUUGGACCAAGCUGGUAAAAGCUAUUACUGAUUGCUGUAAGCUUAAGAAUAGCUCCAUUUCUGUUUGUUUCAUCAAUGGAGCUGUAGAAAAAGCUGCACAUGCACUUAGCUUCAUCACCAACUCUUUCACAGAAUCUGUUAAUGGAGUCUUUCAGCGAUAUAUCUGAGUGAGGGAAUGGGUUUUGCAAAACACUCCAGUUAUCAGACAAAGUGUUCCCGCAGUCCCUUUAAAGCAAACACUACUUCAAAUUCUCACCGUGUUGACAAGAUUAUAGAGUCCCUGUUAAAUACUAAACUUUGAUGUGAUGACAUUCACAUGAGGCUCGUGUCACCCUGGUCUAUCAAGUUAAACAUUUCGUGCAUUUUGUGUCUUUUGUUGAUUAUCCAAAAUAAGGGAAAAAACUCACGUUAAAGUGAUUUCCACAGAAUUUGAAAUAAAAACCUUCCUCUUGGAUCAGCAAUUAGAACCUGGUGAACCAAAGUAUUUAGGCAGAGAAUUUUACAAUUAAUUUUACACCGUUCCUGUGGAACUCGCUUCCCUCCUCCAUUAGAUGCUCACCCAGUCUUCACUCCUUCAAAAAAUUGUUAAAAACCCACAUCUUCAUAAAAGCGUAUCAAUUAGACUGUUUAUAGCUCCUGGCUGAUUACUCUUCUGCAACUGUCACUAGUCUAAUACUAUCCUUACCUUUUUGUGUCAUUUUACCCCACUACCUCUAGCAUGUAAGCUCAUUGAGCAGGGCCCUCAACCCCUCUGUUCCUGUGUGUCCAACUUGUCUGGUUACAACUACAUGUCUGUUCGUCCACCCAUUGUAAAGCGCUGCGGAAUUUGACGGCGCUCUAUAAAUAUCAUAAUAAUAAUAAUAAUUGUUCUAACUGCUCUGCUUUAGACAGAUACUGCUUUCUUAACGUUUACAUUUAUGACUUCUUAUCCUCUGUACAAUCCUGUUUACAAACAGGUUACCAUUGAACUGUUUAUACUUUUUUUAUCCAUCACUUCAAUUCUGUAAAACCCAACACUCUGUGCCCUUCUAUAUUUUAAUCUUCUUCAUCGAUUAUUCCACUGGUUUUACAGUUACUGUUAAUAAUAAUGUCACCUCAUUGACCUCUGAGUGCCACUGGUAGUACCAGGGCUAUGGGUGUGUGCCAUCACUGAUAUUAUUGGUUCAGGAACUUACAUCAUCACUCUGUGGCGGCACAUUUCCUAUUGAUAAGGCAACUUACCUUUUCCGUGUUGUUUAAUUUCCAUAUUGUAGAGAGAGGGCCCAAAUAAGUAGUAAUUCCUUUAACGUCUUUCAGUUGUAACACCACAGCAAAAUAACGUGUGCAUUAUAUAUAAAACUAAAAAAUCCCUGACAUUGAAACAAUGGGUAGGUUACAUCACCAUUUACUCAUCAAUCAGGAUGCAUUGCAUGCUUGUCCUUUAAGAAAGGCAUUGGAUAUGCCGAAACAUUGGGGGUGGAAUUUGUGACUCAGUGUUUCGCCAUCUGGUAGGCUUUGACUUAAAGGGACAUUCGGUAUGCACAAAAUGAAGAUUUCAAUAAAAAUUGUCACUUGUAUAAUUUAACCUAGUUACCCCCCUCCCCUCCAACCCUCUCCCCCCCCCUUCGCGGCUGUCAAUCAGAGAACAGGUCCUGUUGCUUCCUGGUUUGUUUUGCUCAGUGGAGUUAGACUCAAGAGGCGGCAAUUGCUUAGAGCACCUGCCUUGCAGAGACUUCUCAUUGGCUGCAUUUGGAAGUCUGUGCAAACUGUUAGAUAUAUACCACCAAUGAAAAAUGCAGAAUUAAAUGCAUGCAUGUAUUCAUUGGGGUAAUAUAUACCAAACACUGAUUUUUGUAUUUUUUUUGUAUUUUUUAUUUGGGCGGUGGAGUGUCACUUUUAUUAUUUGCUUUGUUUAAGUGAAUUAUGUAAGCCUUGUUCAUGUCUUGCCAUUGUGUGGAUUUCUAAACUGUAUUUUUGUAAUUAAGGCGAUCAUCGUAUUGAUAUUUUUGAUUGGUGUGCAUCCUUAUGGCAUGUUCAUUGAUAGACUUUAACACAUUAGGGAGUGCACCAUAGGAUAUGUACCCCAUAAGGUCCACUUUAUUAAUGUGCCCUGCUGCAGUAUUUAGUUUUUUUAUGCAAUUAUUUUCCUAACCAUUUUUAAUUCUUGAAAAAAAAUAAUAAUAUACACCCAAAUUAUUUAUAAUAAUGUUAUUCGUAGUUUAUUUUUAUUAUUUUAUAUAUAUAUAUAUGUAUAUAUAUAUAUAUAUAUAAUUCGGGUAUCUUUUUUUGCAAUGAUUUUUAGCCAGAUAAACCCAUGUGAAUUAGUCUAAUGCAGGCUUUAUCCAAACUCCGGCCCUCCAGAUGUUGCUGAAUUACAACUCCCAUGAUUCUCAGCCUAUUCAUUUCAUUCAUAGAAUCAUGGGAGUUGUAGUUCAGCAACAUCUGGAGGGCUGGCGUUUGGGAAAGCCUGGUCUAAUGCUUCUUGUUUUCGAUAUUCAGGUUUGUGUAAUGGAUUUAAUAGCCUGUCCUUCACUUAAGAGUCCUGUGUGUUAAACAUCUAUAAGAACACAGGGCUCUUGACCCCUCUUUCUCUCCGCCCACCCUCCCGCUAAACACAGCCAAGGUUUUUAAAAGUUCCCUAGUGGGUCAGCACUGCGGUCACUCCCGAAAUAAUAGACCCUGUGUUCUACAUUUCACCAAGAGAUGGGGUGUAACUUUGUCCCAGGGACAGCGUUAAAUCCCACAACCUUCAAUGCUGAUGUUUAUAAGGCAAGCUGAAAAUGUAAUUUCUUAAAAGAACACUGUCAUCAAUUAUUUUAAUAUCUUAUAUAUAAUCUUUAUGUUAUAAUACGCCAUCGUAUUUAUUUAUUUUUAAAAUUUGCUUAUAGUGACAUUUUUGAAGAAUUAAUUCCCCCUUUCCGUUUGCUAUCCUUAUGCAUCUUUGGUUGGAUUGCUGACCCAAUGAUCACUAUUUUGCAACCGUUUUAUAGAAUCACCUAACAGAAAAUGCUACAAACAGAAAGAAACAGUUCACGAUUAUGAAAAGCAUUGAAUGGCAUUUCCUUAUUUUCCCUGGGAUCUGUCAGGCCUGUAAAAGCAUAGAUUCGCAGCUUCGUUUAAGACUAUACAGGCUUUACCCAUUCUACUUCAAAUGUUUGUGACGAAUAAAUACACUUGACUUUAAUGGGUUGGUGGGAGACGUUUUAAUGAGCGUGUGAGGAAGUCCUUGACAUCAGCCAUAACAACUGGUGAAAGUUCUUAAAACGUAAUAUAAACAGAUUCCUCUAUUUUUUACAUUUUGAAAUUGUUAUUUUUUUAUAAAACUGUAAUACUCUUACUCUGUCAAAUGCCUUUUAACAAUUAAUUUUUUUUAGGUGACCAUCUCAUAUAGCGUAAAUGUUACUCAGUAGAACUGACCACAUCUCCAAUGUCUCUGGAGGAUGAUUUAUCUUCUUAAAGGACCACUAUAGUGUCAGGAAAACAUACUAGUUUUCCUGGCUCUAUAGGGUCUCUAGGUCCCCCCCACCGGGCUCUAGGGGGUGGAAGGGGUUAAAUUUACCUCUUUUUCCAGCACCGGGCGGGGAACUCUCCUCCUCCAUAUCGCCGUCAUCAGCGUCAUUCUCAAUGCUUUCCUAUGGACGCUGGCGUCUUCUCACUGUGAAAAUCACAGUGAGAUGCACGGAAGUGCCUCUAGCAGCUGUCAAUGAGACAGCCACUAGAGGCUGGAUUAACCCUAUUAUAAACAUAGCAGUUUCUCUGAAACUGCUAUGUUUAUAGAAGAAAGGGUUAACCCUGGAGGGACCUGGCACCCAGACCACUUCAUUAAGCUGAAGUGGUCUGGGUGCCUAUAGUGGUCCUUUAACCAUGGAAUCAAUCUGUGUAGCUCAUUUCUAAUCUUGAGCAUCACACCAUUCACCUCACCUCGAAUCCACAGCUUUAUCCUGAUACAGCCCACUACUAAUUAACAGCUUCAGUCCUUACAGCUCAUUUCUGAACCACAGCAAUAAGCUAUAUAACCCAGUUUUAAAAGAACUAUAGUCACCUAAACAACUUUAGCUUAAUGAAGCAUUUUUAGUGUAUAGAUCAUGCUUCUUAUGUUUUAUUGCUCAAUUCACUGCCAUUUAAGCGUUAAAUCACUUUGUUUCUGUUUAUGCAGCCCUUGUCACACCUCCCCUGACUCUGAUUGGCACAACCUGCAUGGAAAACCAAAACUGGUUUAGCUUUCAAUCAGAUGUAAUUUACCUUAAACAAUUGUAUCUCUUUCUCUCUAAAUUGAACUUUAAUCACAUACAGGAGGCUCUUGCAGGGCCUAGCAAGCUAUUAACAUAGCAGGGGAUAAGAAAAUGUAAAUUAAACAGAACUUGCAAUAAAGGAAGGAUAAACUUUAGAUGACUCUUUACAGGAAGUGUUUAGGAAGGCUGUGCAAGUCACAUGCAGGGAGGUGUGACUAGGGUUCAUAAACAAAGUGAUUUAACUCCUAAAUGGCAGAGAAUUGAGCAGUGAGGCUGCAGUGGCAUGGUCUAUACACCAAAACUGCUUCAUUAAGCUAAAGCUGUUUUGGUGACUAAAGUGUCCCUUUAUUUUAGAGCAUCAAUCCCUACAGCCCUCCUUUAAUGCACAGUACAGUACUCUGUAUAGGCCAAUCUUUAAUCUGCAGAAUUCUGUCUCUAUAUAUUAUAGUAGCAUUGAAAAUUUUAAAUACUCAAAUGGAACAAUUACAAUCUCAUAGACAUACCACCAAUGAAACAUGAAUAAUGCAUUAUGUAUAUUUUAUUGUUGUAUAUCUAAAAGCAGUAAAUCUCUUUGCAAGCCCAUCCCUUCUAAACCCGCCCAGACUUCCUGUGGCUGUCCAAUCACAGACUUCCCAACGCAGCUCAAUGAGAAGUCUUUGAAAGGCAGGUGCUCUGCGCAAUACCCUGCCUUGAGUUUAGCUCCAUGGAGCUAAACUCAAGGCACGCCCUGUAUGGGAACAUUUGCAGCAGAAAUGGCUGAACACAUUUCACUUUGAGGGAACGAUACGAUCAACCUUGGUAAAAAGCUGAGAUAAGUAGUUCACGAUGAUGGGUAUAGGUGCAGUAAAGGGAUCGGAAUCCCUCUCUAGACACCAAUGACUCCAAGAGGACCAUGCUGAGAUGUAGCAUUUCUUGGUGCCAGGGGCCCAAGAGUCCCAUAAAAGGUCCUUAGCCGCUUGCGAUAGGCCCAGGACCAACCAGCAUCUCCGGAAAUCACCCAGGCCACUAGAACGAGCUUCUGUUCCAAGAUGAGGGAUAAAGUUCUCCCCUCGGUCCCCUCAGAAGUAGAGGGAAGGAUGGGAGAAGAAGUGGGUGAUCUCAGGACAUCUCCAAAGAGUUCGGGAACCAUGCUUGACUCUGCCAGAGAGGUGCUAUGAGGAGGAGUGAAGCUUUGUGGAUUUGUGUGUGGCGAAGUACUCUCGCCACCAUGGAGAAUGGAGGGAAUGCAUACGCUCCGUGUGUUGGCCAUGGUUGAAGAAACGCUUCCACUGCCGUGCAGUUUGAAUCCGUUAGCCAGCUGUAGUAGUUCGGUAGCUAGUGAAUGGUCCGGGAGGCAAACAGUAUAGGUGAAGUGGGUACCUGAGGUGUUUCAACUCCCGAAAUACAGAUGUGUUGAGAUUCGUGUCGACUCUCUCUCGCCAGUAGUGGGAGAACCAGUCUGCCGUCAGGUUGGUAAUCCCCGGUAGAUAUUCCGCUUUCAACGUGAUGUUGCGCAAGAGGCAGAAUCUGUAGAUGUCUUGGGUGGCCUCUGUGAGGGCUUGGGAUCUGGCUCCGCCUAGGCAAAUUAGAUAUUGCACCGCAGAGACAUUGUUCAUGUGGAGUAGGAUGCAGCAGUCUGCCAUGUCUUUGGCCAGCCUGCGAAUUGCGAAGGACCCAGCGACCAAUUCUAGGCAGUUGAUGUGGAGGAUAGCCUCCUUGUCCCGCCAAGGUGCCCCCAUAGAGGAAUCUGUGCAGUGAGCCCACAAGCCCCAGAGGCUGGCAUCCAAUUCCAUAAUGAAAUACGGAGAGGAGCCAAAGAUUGCUUUGCCAUUCCAAGCUUUCAUGUGUAGGAGCCACCAGUGGAGUUCUGUCCACACGUCUGCUGAAAGUGGUAUCCAGUGGUCGUAGGACUGUGCGGAACGUAGGCCAUACACAUUUUGAGGUGUUGCCUCGCCCUGUAGUGUAGUGGUUCCAGAAAUAUCACCUGAAGGGUGUCCUUUAGGUGACCUUCUUCCUUCAAUACUGUUUCUCUGACAUACUGACAUACAAGACAUCUGAGGCAAAUCCUCUGAUCCUCCAGGUGUAGGAAAUGGGGUUCACCGCAGGUGUAUACCUGAGCUGUACCUCAUGAUACGAUCAGUAUGCAGUGCACGUAACAAGCACUGAUAAUCCUGCACCAUAUGGGGACUUAUCCCAGUAGGAUCUGCAUCAGCAGGACCCGUAUGUUUUUAGCUGGAGGCUCACCCCAGGUGGUAUGCCUUGAUAACCCAGAGGACACCCACGUCAGUAGAUAAUAUACUUGGCACAAUAUGGGAAUGAUAUGAUUAACUGGGGGCUCACCUCAGGUAGUGUGCAAUGAAAAUCCAGAGGACACCCACAUCAGUAAUUGUACACUUGGUACAGUAUAUAGGAUAUCCCUGUUAAAGGGUAGUAGUGAUUGCUUCAGACAGGAUAUAAUACACUCCAGAAAUUCCCCAUACAUCUUAUGUCCAAUACUGUUUUGAUAGUCUUGUAUCAAUUGAAGAAAUGACAGGCAGUAUGAACAAUCCAGCAAUGUGAAGGACGUACCUUUGGUUGAUAUACAGUACUUGAGAGAGGACAGGUAGCGGUAAUCCUAGUCCUGAGGUCUCCUAAAGUCCGGAUUGAGUGAAUCCUGAUCUAAGGCAAUCAGUAGGAGAAGUGGCAGAGGAACACUUCCACGAGGUGCCAGACUAUGGUACAACUGGGGCUCGCCCAGAACAUUUGUAGCGGGCAAUGUGUCAUAAGUGUAGUAUGUGCCAGUGAAAGAGGGCUCACCCUCUAGUGGUUCCCUUGAGUGAAAUGGGAGACAUAAUAGUCUCAUAAAAUUGGGUUUCAUCCAAAAAGACCCCUCCGUGGGGUUUGGUACCUGAGAGGGGCUCACCCUCUAAAUGGACGCUCUGAGGCGUGUAAUUAUAUUGGGGCUCACCCCGUUGUACAUGAGAGCCGUAUCUCCUUGGUCAGCAAGAGUAUUCAGUCCAAUCACAUAGGUAGUAACAUUGCAAGUAAGGUACCAUAUCUUUGCAAAGUCUGCUGCGGCAGAGCUAUACGUAAUAAUCUAGGGGCUUACCCCUUGUGGCAUGCCAUGAAAAAUCCAGAGGACACCCACAUAGUAGUAAUAUACACUUGGCACAGUACAGAAAAAUCCCUGUGGAUGAGCAGGUCUGUAAUAAGUUAUUGGUAUUAUCUUUUAGACAGUCAUAUGUAGAAAAUCCAUAUAUAUGCUACACUCAUGUAAAUUGAAUUCCAAGUAUAAACAUGUAUAAUCCUUUAAAAAGGAGUUUAAUAGUCGCUCACUACAAUAUUAAACAGGAGAUUUAAGGCAGGCAGCAGUAAACAACGAAAGGAUUAUUUAAGGCAGGCAGCAGUAAACAACACAAGGAUUAUCAGGCAGCAGUAAACACAACGGUGUGACGCGCGCGUUCCACAAUGGUUAAAAAAUACCAGAAACCCGCAUCACCAGGCAGUAAUCUUCACAUAGCAACACCCUAUAUAACCAGAAUACUGUGAGGACCUGACCACACUUCUGAAGAAGCCCUUUGAGUGGCUAAACGCAUUAAGUGGGAAUUCUUUUGUAUAUUUAUAUACUGUUUUUAUUACUUUUGUUCAGCAAAUUAAAGUUCAUUUGAAAUACUGAAAUUUGCAUCAACCUACUGCUUCCUGGUACCAACACAUCUGAGGUGGGGAUUAUACCACCUAUGCUGGUUAUACUAGAGCAAGUUCUGCUCUAAUAAAUGUGAGUACAUUACCUUACUUAUUUAUUUUAUUUCUCUACUUCUACUUACUUCACUACUGGAGUUUCUUUCUACAUUUGCCUUCACAUAUGCCUUGCACAUUGCAUCUUACCUGAAGAACUUGUAGUAACCAUACCAACACAUAUCCUCAGACGGGGAUUGUUCCGUCCAUGUGAAAUAACAGCAGAGCUCUGAAUUAGCUCAUGGGAAUGUGAGUGGUAGCGACUUUUUAUUAUCCACCACUUAUUUGGCACAGUUAUUGUAUUACGCUAUUAUCUUUUUCUCUGUUUAUUUUUGAGGUCCACUGUACUUCAUAUUUGGACAUCCAUGUACGUAUAAUCAUUUAUAUCUCCAAUUUGGGGUGCGGUUUAUUUUGUUUCUUUCCUGUAUUGCAUGUAUAAUCCUUUGUACAAGCAGAUUCAAAUAGUCUUAGUAAGCAGUACUUUCCACAAUAUGUAUAUUUGGUUGUGAAAUCUUUAUCCUCAUAAUCCAGACCGAGUGAAUCUCAAUUUGGAAUGACAGGUAUAAGAUGGCCGCUGGGAAUCUCGUGAUACUCACGAGAUCCAAAAUGGCCGCCGCUCAUGCACAAAGAUCCGCCGGCCUUGCGGUCGCGGGUCCCUCAAAAAAUGCAAGUAAUGAGAACUAGUCUCCCCUGACCCAAACCAGCAUCCAAAGGCAGUGUCCCUAGAAGUAAAACAGAGCGCGAUUGCGGCAAUGAAUAACUGUAAAAAAUAGGAGUAAAACAGACCUGAGGGAAGAAGCCAGAGGGUAGAGGACGGAAAGAAAAUUAAUAAAGCACAAAACCUGUAGAUGGACAGAUGUGGGGAGACAGAUAGGCAGUGAAUCAAUCUAAAUAAAUCUAAGUUACCAAAAUAAGUCUAAAAUUAAACAGUGAAAUCAAUAAAGUAUAGGGAGAACAAAUUACUCUGACCUGUGCACCUGGCUGGAGCAGCAAAAAAAGAGGAAGGGGGUGGUCUUAGUUAGAGUUAUGCAAAUAUGAAGCCUUCUGUCAUGUGGUAAAAUUGAGCAGUGAGACUGCAAGGGUAUAAUCUAAACACCAAAACUACUUCAUUAUGCUAAAGUUGUUUUGGUGACUAUAAUGUCCCUUUAAAUCCAGAGCCACUUAUGCCACACAAUUGAUAGCGUAAUUUACAUUAUAUUACACUAAUAUGCAAGAUCACAUUUCUCAGUUGGAAAAUAACCUCCCAGCACACUCCGUUCCUAAUUCCCAGCCUAUUUUAGUAGAAAAAUAAAUCCUCCCUUGGUUUUGCGCAUUAGCCAUUCACUGCACUCAUGGGGCAUAAAUAGACUUUAUUUUUGUUCUGUUGACAGCAGGGGUGAAGGAGGCUGACUGGGCUGCCUGAGACCAAGUACCCCCGGGAGAGCUGACCUUCACAGUAUAUGUGACCCCCGGCUGCUGCUGAUCACCCCCUUGUGGGGUAUUACUGAUGUCUGUUUUAAGAUUAUAUGAAAGAGCUCUGCACUGCUCCUAGUGUCUGGAAUGUACAAUUCCAUCACUGUUUACGGCCCAGUCAUCCUAAAAUCCAGUCUCUAUAACAAAUAAAUAUUGCUGGGAAGGAUCAGUGGUAUACUGUAGUAGCAGAUAUAUAUAUAUUUUUAUGGUUGCAUUUGUUACACAUUUUUAUAGUUACAUUUGACAUGUUUAGUAAACCAAAGGAUUAUGACAUUGCCCUCCGAUGGUAUCACACUAAUAGAAUUCAACAUUUGCUGGGCCAUCUUCGAAGCUAAAGGGCUUCCCAAAACACCAAUUAGUUUAUUUACUAAACUCUGAAAUGAAAUUAAUUUAAAUUUAAACAGCAACAUUGAAGCUAACCUAGCCAAACUCUGAGAUAGCUGAUUUUACUUUUUUUAUCUUUUCAAUUAUUUUAGCCUAGCGUUUGCCAUUUUAAUUUGAAUUCACAGCAGUGAAGAGUUAGUGAAAAAAAAAUUAAAGGGUUUAUGCAGAUGUAAAUUUGUUAAAGUUUGUUAAAGAGUUCGAAAGAAAUCUCUUACAUGUUUGAAUUACGUGAUUUCUCAGCUUUCCUUUUUGUGCCCUAAUUUUGCAGAUCUGCUGUUAAAUCUCUAUUUUGAUGGAACAAUCCCUCAGUGUCGAGGAAAUGUUAACCUGAUUGCAAACUCUGUAGAAUCAUGUCUAUGUAUAAACUGUGAAACAGUAUAUUUUUUAAAUCUUGUGCAAAUAGAAAGCGGUAUCACCCACAGAUGGCAUCGGGUGGCAACUAUGGGCAAUGCAAGUAGUGGAUCAUACCUGUCCAUAUUAAUGUGACUAAACUUUCUGAGUUAAAAAAGUUAUAUUAAAUAUAUGUUAAGGUGGGGGAAUGAGUUAGGUAAGGGGUAGGACACCUUUGGCCCUCCAGAUGUUGUAGACUACAUCUCCCUUGAAGCUUUGGUAUUAGAGAAUUGCCUAUAAGAGCAUAAUGGUAGAUAUAGCCUACAUCUGUAUCAGCUGACGAUUGCCUACAGCUGACACCAUUUCCAAACUAGAUUUAUUCCCGUUAAUAAUUUAUUUUUAUUUUUUUGUUAAUAAUUAAAGAAAGCAGUAUUGGACAGUUUCCCAAAUUGUGAUUUUCUUUAGCGGCCCGCAAGAUUUGCCGAUAUCUAUAACCAAAUCGCCAGUGCAAAUGUUGGCACAAGGCAAUUCUACAGUGUUCCCUGACAAUCUGUGAAUGGCCCACAAGCCAUUAUCAAGGCAGCCUCUGGAACUAAUGAAAGGAUAAACUUGUGCUCCCCUCCGUUCCGUUCCAAACACAUACAGACAAGGGAUUAAUGCCUCGUUUCCACUGAGCGGUAUGGUUCGGGUUGGUACAGUUCGGAAGGGUUAGAAUGGUCCAGCCUAUUUAGGUGAGCGUUUCCUCUGCAUGUCGGACCGCCAGGAGGCAUGCGAGGUUUAGACCAAAUGCCUAGCGUGCCAUUUGUCGUGAGCAUUGACAUAUUCCUGUCCGCCAAUCAAUGGAUUGUAUAGUGUGACGCCAGUAGCUCUGUCCUAACUGUACUUACAUUUCCUAUGGACCUACAUCUGAAGGGUGCCCAGGAAUGGUGCGGUUUGGUUUGGUUGUAUAGGCAACUUUCAUAAUGAAAAUACUCAAAAUAGCGUACCAGACCGUACUGACGCGAACCGGACUGUUCAGUGGAAACGGGGCAUAAGUGUCCAUUGUCUGUUUUUAUAAGACAUUAUAUUUACUGUAAAAAAAAUUAUAAUUAAUGAACACUAAACUGUACAAAAAUGUAUUUCAAAUGUUGGGUAUUUUUACCUUGAGAUUCAAUAAUUUGGUAUCGGCCUUGUCUUUCCAAACAUGAGACACUUUUAGACAUUUUCCUCUUGCCAAAACGAUGAUUAUACAUUUUCUGUAGUAAUCCAAUAUUCUAAUGUAAAUUAACCCAACAGGUAGUUUUUUUCAAAGUGGAAUUGUCAAUUGCCAAAGCUACAAAUUCAGCGUUGACAUAAUCCUGACAUUUGAAAAACAUUCCUUCCAACAUUCUAAAUUAAAUUUUAGGGGGUGUGAGUGGAGUGUGUGACCAGGGGUGGGCUGUUCUGAGAAAUUUUAGGUGACCUACUAAUAACAAUUUAUAAACUAAAAUGUAAUUUAGAAGAACAAUGUAUGUUUUUUACACAGACUGAGUUCUAAACACAUUUAUUGUAGUUUAAAGACACAUCACUGGGAGUAUUAUUGCUGUGGAGCUCUGUUAUACACUCAGACACAUUACUGGGAGUAUUAUUGCUGUGGAGCUCUGUUAUACACUCAGACACAUUACUGGGAGUAUUAUUGCUGUGGAGCUCUGUUAUACACUCAGACACAUUACUGGGAGUAUUAUUACUGUGGAGCUCUGUUAUACACUCAGACACAUUACUGGGAGUAUUAUUGCUGUGGAGCUCUGUUAUACACUCAGACACAUUACUGGGAGUAUUAUUGCUGUGGAGCUCUGUUAUACACUCAGACACAUUACUGGGAGUAUUAUUGCAGUGGAGCUCUGUGAUGCACUCAGACACAUCACUGGGAGUAUUAUUGCUGUGGAGCGCUGUUAUACACUCAGACACAUUACUGGGAGUAUUAUUGCUGUGGAGCUCUGUUAUACACUCAGACACAUUACUGGGAGUAUUAUUGCUGUGGAGCUCUGUUAUACACUCAGACACAUUACUGGGAGUAUUAUUGCUGUGGAGCUCUGUUAUACACUCAGACACAUUACUGGGAGUAUUAUUGCUGUGGAGCUCUGUUAUACACUCAGACACAUUACUGGGAGUAUUAUUGCUGUGGAGCUCUGUUAUACACUCAGACACAUUACUGGGAGUAUUAUUGCUGUGGAGCUCUGUUAUACACUCAGACACAUUACUGGGAGUAUUAUUGCUGUGGAGCUCUGUGAUACACUCAGACACAUUACUGGGAGUAUUAUUGCUGUGAAGCUCUGUUAUACACUCAGACACAUUACUGGGAGUAUUAUUGCUGUGGGGCUCUGUUAUACACUCAGACACACCAACAAUAUGGAGCUCCUAGAAAGGGGACAUUAGUGCAGAAAAGGGGGACAGAUGGAUUUGGGUCCAAAAUAGGGACUUUUCUCCUAUAUAGGAACACUUGGAGUAAUGGAAAGAUAUGUUUAUUUGAGGUCUGAAAAAUAAAAUAUAGAAACCACUGUGUAAAAUCCAGUCUCUAUAACAAAUAAAUAUUGCUGGGAAGGAUCAGUGGUAUACUGUAGUAGCAGAUAUAUAUAUUUUUAUGGUUGCAUUUGUUACACAUUUUUAUAGUUACAUUUGACAUGUUUAGUAAACCGAAGGAUUAUGACAUUGCCCUCCGAUGUUGUCACACUAAUAGAAGUAAGAGCCCUUUUGUUGUUUUGUUUAUUUUUUUAGAUACCCCUAAACAGUAAUAUAAAGAUUAUAAUUUUGCCCAUGUUUACGUGCUAGCCUAACAUCCGUUUUUUUAAAAAUAAGUGUUACAUUCAUUAUUUUAAUUUUUUUUAAAGGAAAUAGAAACUUGGUACGGAAGUUGUACAAUUUAGUUUGCUAAAAUAAAUAAACUGAGUACGGUUGCAAUAUGUUAGAGAUUGACUUUGUCAAGUUUUUUUUUUCUAUUUUCUAUAUAUAUAUAUAUAUUUUUUUUAAUUUUUUUUUUUACCAUUGACGAUUUAUGAACAAAGUAAAUUCAUAGCAGCUGUAUUUUUCCAGUCCCUAUUCCAAUUUGUACUUGUGGCAGUACCUUUUUCUCAUUUUUAUUUUAGUGCCCUACACCGAACUCAUAGAUAAAGAUGUCAUUGUGUAGCAAACACACAUCAGAAUGCGAGUGGGGCAGUAAAAUGGUUUAUCUCCGAAAUCUUGCUAAAUUACAGUGUUGCAGGAAUUUAGUUAUUUCUUGUUUUACGCCAGAAAUGAUUUCAGCGUAAAUAUUGUCUUGAUUCUCUGUGUAUGUGUCUGUCUGAAAAAGAAUCAGAGCAGCAUUCUUUAUAUCACACUACAUGAAUCUUGUGCAUUUGCCGUGAUCUGUGUUUCAAUUCUCGCAGAGUAGCAUUUUUUGGCAAAGAAUGGGCUUACUUUCCACAUUUCAGUCAGUUUGGUAAAAGGCCACAUGGAAUAAACUCAGGAAAAAUACACUAAGCUCAAUUCUUGACAUUACAAUACGUGACCUUAUAGUCAAUUUAAUAUAUGGCUAAAUCGUAAUAUUUUUUUAAUGGAUUUGGAAGCUUAGAAAUCAUUUUCCAAUAGUAAAAGAAUUUAAAAUUAUUUAAUAUAGAAAUAGGUUAAAAAGUUACCUCUUCUUGUACAUCAUAGAGUUCUUUGUAUUUCUAUGAAAAUUGCGAUAUAAGCCUGGCUUUAUGCCUUUUGUACCUAACUAGGUGCCCAGGCCUGGUUUUUCUUUUGUCCUGUUUUACUUUUCCCGAUAUAAAUUGUAAUUUGUCGUGAUUUAAGAUAACACAGAAAAAGUUUGUUUCCUUAUCAGAUAGUGAUCUUCAGGGCAUCUGUAUGUAUGUGUGUGGGUGUGUGUGUGCGUGUGUGUGUGCGUAUAUUUGUAAUAAACCUUUUAUUAUAAAGCAUUUAUAAUUCUGUACUUAUUGCAUCACCCCACUACUCUAACGUAUCCUGGAUGUUUGUCUACUGCCUUUAUUGUACUCUCUUGUAAUAGAACAUGCCGAACGUAAUGUGCUUCUUAACCUUUUCUUUCGAUCCCCUACGCCAGUUUCAUGUGAAAUUGAGCCACUCUCACUAUAGCAGCAUGAGAGAACCUGCUAUACUUGUCAGACUCUCAUUACCUGUCAGGCAUUGUUGGACACUGGGUAGUUUAACACUGCAUUUUUUUUUUUUUUUUAGAUACACAUCCACUUUACACCAUUCAGACGACAACUGCAUUCUAACGUUAACUUUUUAAUAUGGAAGCAAAUAAAUAAAUUGCAAGUUUAAAGUCAGUUAAUUGUCUGGUAAGGGAGAACAUCACCUAUACAUAACACUGCUCCUACCUAAUCUUACUAAUAUGCAAGUAUGUUCCAUCGAAGUCCCUACGCUCUGCUGAAGACCUGCGUCUCUACGUUGUUCGUACUCCCGCCUCUGAUGCUCACCUCCAAGACUUCUCUAUGGCUGUGCCAUUCCUAUGGAACUCCCGUACAUGAACUACGUCCUCUUCUAACCUUACCUCUUGUGUCACUUUUUUCCUCUUCCUUUAGAAUGUAAGCGUGUUUGAGCAGGGUCUUCAGCAUCCUCUAUUCCUGUGCGUCAAAAUGGUCUUGUUGCAAGUACUUGUCUGUUGGUCCAUCUAUUGUACAGGAUUUCUAAAUUUAGACCAUACAAGACAAUUAAAGAAAAACCAGAUUAAGGUUGAAAAGGCAAACAUACCAAAUGUUCUAAAUUGAGCAAGAUGGCCCCCAAUUUGGACCCCUGUCUAGCUGACCUGAUUAAUGCUCAAAUACAUUUUAGUUUGAGACCAGUUCUUCUCAUGUUUGUGUGCCUCCACAAAGUUCUGCCCAUGAGAAUUGAUGAUGAGGAGCAUCUUGACUUGGGUCCAUUCUUGCUACAGCACAUCACUGUUGUUAUGCAUUCUCACUUGCACAUCUUCCUCCAUCUCCACCUCUCACCCAUCUUAAAUAAAUACCUCCAAAUCUUAUGGGAAGAAACCUGACUGUUAUUGGGAUCUAAAAUAAAUUGCUUAUAUUAGUGUUAAAUUGUGUUUACUUAUAAGCUUACAUUGGUAGCUAUGGCAUGAUAUUGGUACUAAACAUUUGUCCAACAUGGGUGAAAUGUUGUAUUCCUUGAUAAGUGCACUUGUAUGGUCACUCUUAAUAAUAUGAAUGAAGAAGUAUCUGUCUUCUGCCCAAAUACAACAUUCUCAGCCUCCAAAUAGAUACAGGCCUCACAAACCACUCCAAUUUUGGCUGGGCAGUCCAGAUUUUCUGGUCCUGUACCAUCAUCCUGACUUAGUUCCUCUGUGUUUUGCUUUUGGGCACAUCAAGGAACUGUCCCCGACAAGCAUUGCAUGAGCGCAUUAUUAGACGCGUUCAUGCUAUUCUUAGGGCACUCAGUAGACUGGCCUUACAUGAUUGGCAGGCAGCCUUGUGUGCAUUCACGCUAGACUGAGCUGCCAGUAAAUAAGGUGGAUCUGCCUACUUUAGGUGGAGCCAGUGAUGUGAUCGCAUGACUGGCAUUUCCCCUUUUAACCUCCUCCCACCAGUGUCCCACUUCUCAGGAUGUAGAUAGAUAAUUUUGGGGGGCAAAAGACCAUAUACACAGACCUAAACAGAAGCUAGAGAGGGUCCUGCUUUGAAUAAAACAUACUUAUCUAGAUAGCCUGUGAGCUUACACUCUAAAGGGAUAGAUAGAUAGAUAGAAUGUGAACGUCAGAAUUGAAUGCUGUAAAUAUCAGCAUGUUGUAACGUUUUUUAGCAUAGCACACAUGCAAACAUGUUUUAACCUUGCUAAAUAAAAUAUCACCCAGCUUUAGAGUCAUGUCAGGUAGAUUUGUAGAGUAAAUUCCAAAGGAAUGACCUAAACUCAAAGGGAUUUGCUCUGAUGGAGAUGGUGUUCGUUGCUUCCAAAUCCUUUGGGAGGAACAUUUGUUGAUCACAGCCAGAUAUUCCACAUGCAGGUUUCCUGGAAGCUUCCAGUAAAAUAAUUCCAUUUUCCUUUGAAAGUCAGGUGCCUUCCAUGUGGUGUGUACCAAGGCAUCGUGGAGCUCAUUAAAUCGCAGAUGGGGAAUGGUCUCCUUAGCGUGAGGAAUCUGCUGCAGCACAAAAUGAAUCACCCAUUCAUACAAAAAUAAUUAUUUAUAUUCCCCCAGCCUGUCUACAUAACUUGGCCAGAGCGAGGCCUUGAAGUCUAAUUUGGAGUAAGAUGCCUGCUUGUGUUUGCUGUGUGACCUGGAGCUUUGGCAGCUUAUUAUGCAGCAAUGGACAUGGGGAAAAUAAAGUCAUGUUCUGGUAAUUUCUUCAUUAAAGGGUUACACCAAGCACCUAGACCGUUUCAGUGAUUUGAAGUGGUCAUGGUGCAUGGAGUGUGUAUGUGCAUUAUUUGGCAUUGAAACACUGCACAUACGUUGUUUAACCCCUGUGCUUCCAGAGUUGUAACUCCACCUCCUCCGCGUCCUUGGAACCUCAUUAGCUUUAGAACACAAGUUCCAGGCUGGCCAAUGUCAAUUCUGCAUGUUCCUAUGCAUAGAAUUAUAUGCAUUGGCUCUCAGCCAAUGAUCAACUUCAGAUCAACUUCCUGCUUUUGCAGAUCUAUCCCCAGUAAGACAGUCAGCCCCUGGCAGAGACCCAGGUAAGAGGGCAAACCAUUGCAAAAAGGUUUGCUCCAUUACUGGAAAAUGGGGCGAUGGUACUCCUAGCUUCAUAGCCACUACAGCGGACCUAAGUAGUUAUGCUUUUUGGGGUAAGCCUUUAAGAAUCUCUGUACAUUGUACAAGCCCACAAGAGCCCAAUUAUAGAGAUCUAUAUUGUAGAGAGAGAUGCGUACUUUAUUGGGUACUGGGUCCAAUGACAGUGAGGUGUAUGUAUACGUAUAUGAGUAACAGUAGGGAGCAGUUUUAUAACUUAAAUACAAUACGAGACCUUAAAUAAGAUUUAUGAUGAGCUCUCUGGGGACCUAUGACAAAGUGAGGCCACUUACCUGCCAUCCUGUGCUUUUUUACAGUGGUUGUAAACCAUUUCAAGGCUAAUACGCUUGCACCACACUGUGCGUCUGCAGUAAUUUUUCAGUUUGUCAAACCUUUCCAUAUAUUUGAGAACCAGUGGCAGUAAAAUUACUCUGAGCUACGAUUCUGGGCUACUAGAUUCUGCCUAUAAAUUUACCAGCCUCUUGGAAAAAAAUCAUAUAACAUUUCUGCUGUACGGAAUUGAAACAAGCGCCCCGUUUAACUGCCAAAUUACCCAUUAAAUUCAAGAGAACCCAGCAGAAAUAGGUUUAUAUUGGCAUCCAACUGUAGACAGAUAUUUCAAUUGCAUAGCUGGAUGGUUAAAUCUGCUGUACAUAGGAUUAGCAUAAAAUUAAAAAAUUCUAGUUGUACAUGUUGGAAAAAAUAAAUAGCUGUGGAAAUUUAACUAUAGUCCUUUAAAAAAAAAAAAAUCUACAAUUUAAUUGUCUCUACACAAUAUCAAUGGAUUAUUGUAUCCUCGUUGUUAACUCCUCAAGUCAGCCCUAGUACACCUGUACUCAGGGGCUUUCAAAAAUCCUUACCAAGAGCAAAUCUGUGGGCAUUACUUUCAGGGAAAGGACACUCUAAGCACCAAAACAAAUUUACUUUAACAAAGUGGUGUUGGUGUGUAGGUCAUGCCUCUGCUAUCCCACUGCUCAAUUAUCUGCCAUUUAGAAGUUAAACCACUUUGUUUAUGUAGCCCUAGUCACGUCUCCUAGCUAAAACUCAGACAUACCUACAUGAAAAAAGGGUCUACAUUUUUAGCUUCCCUUACUGCACAGUGUGUUUAAUUAAGAUUGCAUCUCCUGCUCUGUAAACUGUCUGCUAAAGCGAACAGCAGCCUCUUGUGUAUGAUUAAAGUUUUAUAACAUACAAGGAGAUAAUGACUUCUAAAUGAAACACACUGUGCUGUAAGAUCUACAUAAAAACUGUUUUUUUUUCCAUGCAGUUUGUUUGAGUCACAGCCAGGACAGGUGUGGCCAGGAUUGUAGAGGCAUAAUAUAUACACCAAAACUGCUUCAUUAAGCUAAUGUUAGUUUGGUGCUUAGAGUGUCCCUUAAAGGGUUACUCCAACCAUCGUUACCUAACUUUUUUUUUUUUUUAACACAAAUUCGCCUUAUUAAACAUUAUUCUUAAACCCCCCAAAUGCUAAAAAAAGUAAUAAAAAAAGGUAUAAGUCACCUAAAAAUCUAGCGCUGUUCCGCACAUUACCUAACGUCUGAUGUCUUGGCAGCCAUCACGAUGUCAAUCAAAGGCUAUUAGAAUGUUUAACCAGCUCAGAGCACAUGUACUUGCUCUGAGCUGGCGAGGGGAGGGAAGAGGUUAGGGAGGGAUCAUAAAACAAUCAAUGGAGAGUAUAGGGAGGACUGCAGUAAAGGUGGGAGGGGAGAUACAAGCUUCAGAGAAUAUCUGUCAGCAGAGUGCAGUACACGCUGAUGACAGUCGUAAAUUUUGCACAGAAUUGACAGUGGCAGUGCGGAAUAGCGUUGCCAUGGGUGCAACCAGCCUCGGGACAAAAGUGCAAAUAUCUAUUGAUUUGCAGUGUUUUAAGUAGAAAUGCUGCACAUUCAGACUCCUACCACCAUCACCACUUCUAAAAGAAGAAGUGGUCAUAGACGUUGGAGUAACCCUUUAACAAAACCAUUGUAAUGCCUUUCUAUGGCAGGCUAAUAUAUACAACGCUAAAACCAUAAAUAUGGUACAUGUAGCAGACCAGACUUGGCGCUGAUGAUGCGUGCAGAUCAUCCAACAAAUUAAUUUCCCACUUCCUGUGUUUUUAUUAGUACAUUUAUCCCCAUCGACAGCUGUGGUAACCAAGCCUUGCUUUGGGUUUCCUGUAUAUUUCAAAUCCAAUAUAAAUUUCUUACUAAACUCAUGAACUUAUACCUCAGUCAGAUAGUUCUCAAAUUAAAAACUAAAUAUGAUCCGUAGACAAAACACUCAACAUCCGUUCAGGUGUAAAGUGGAUUUAAAAAUAUAUAUAUUAUAAUCGUGCUGGCUUAUUUUUUUUUCCCUUUAAUUUAAUGCCAGGAAAGUUUGCACUUUAGGAUAAAUUGUGUGUUUUUCACUAGAACCUUAUCUCACAGUUAGUUGUAUCUGCGAUUUGUUGAAAGAUGAAACAAAAUUGUCAAGUAAAUUUUUUUUUUGUUUUGGUGCCUCGAAAUCCUUGGCAUGGUUUUACCUUAAGGGAUUAACCCCUUAAGGACACAUGACAUGUGUGACAUGUCACGAUUCCCUUUUUCCCCCACAAGUUUGGUCCUUAAGGGGUUAAAAAAGCGUUUAAGAACGAUUUAACUUAAAAGUUAGGUAGACGGUGGACAUCAGCUUGACUCUUUUUUUCGUCGAUGUCCGAGGCUUCAAUGAGGAAGCCUUGGACUGGAUGCGAGUGAUGCACUGAUGUUCUAAGCCUAUCACUAGCUCCCAAUUCAGGAAACGGUAAUAUAAACUACUUUGAAUUAAAAUCAUUAUUAGUAUUUAUAUAGCACCAACUUACUCUGCAACGCUUUACAAUUGUAGAAAGGGGAUAUAUUUAGAGGAUAAAAGGCUUUGCUUAAAUGAGCAUACAGUCUGAGAACUUGAGGUAGGUAUAUAUCGAUAGAUGUCUGGCCCAAGGGCACGUAUUAGCAAGCUAAGCUGAUAUAUAAUAUGCUGUAUGUACAGGUGUAAAAUAUUGUUGUGUUUUACAUCGCAGAUUUAAAAGGACAGGGACUUUACCCUCAGACCACUUCAUUGAGAUGAAGUGCCUGGCUAACUUUAGUGUCCUUUUAAAGAGACACUCAAGGCACCAAAACCAUUUUAUUGGUGGAGAUUGUGUCGAACACCACUAAAACCACUCAAAGCCUAUCUCACUCCCCUGGCCAUCUGUUCCUCCUCCCCUCCAUAGGAGUCCAGCAGGCACCUAUCUCUGGCUAUUUGCAAACUAUUACCCGCACUGGAGCGUACCGAACGAGUCAGCAGGACUUCUCUGAGUUCAUCCUGGAACUCUGGCUCGGCCACACAUAUCACCUUGUCCCGGCUAACUUGAUGCUUGGUUUUCACUCCUUUCUCAAUACCCCUGGAGAGUACUCUUUGGAGGGGAGCUACCUAUGAACAAGGGGAAACCCCCUUAUACAACUGCCCAGAGGUAUUUGGACCGACUGGGCGCUACACCGAGAGCUAUCUGGGAAUAUAAAUCUUGUGGGGGUUUAUAACCAUUUUCAGAGUGUUUCGGGUGUUUUUAUGUAUUUGGCUGUCUGUUUCUGUGAGAUAAUUAACCUAUUGAGCUUUGACUCAAUUAUCUCCCUGACACAGAGAUGCCUGGGCGGGAUCACCAAGUAAGAGAAUGGAGAUCCCAUACUGGGGGUCUGGGCAUAAAAGGCUGCAUUCUGAGCAAUACAAAGAGAUUAAUCCCAGAACUAUGUCUCAUCUGGUUACUGGGGGAAACAGAGUUAUAUUCACACGGUUCCAGUCUGGCUGAGAGGAGAGCUUAGAGGAGCUAACCAGUCGGGUUACUGGUGGUCCACUACAGAGAGAAGCAAUUUUCGCGCAUGUGCCAAUGAACAGCAUCUUACUGAGCAAGCUAUCACAACUGAUGACUUCACCAGAGGCAGAUUGUCUUUUGCAAGGAGCCGGUCACUUUUUUUUUUGUUUGUAUGAUGAAAGGUAUCUUCUAAAUUUGCUUUUUUUUUUUCUUUCUAAAAUGAUUCGUCCCCACACUGUUGUUGUGUGGUUUAUCCCUUCCUGGUUGCUUUUAUUUUGGCUAGAUCUACUGUGUAAUUUGACUGACAGCUGAGGUCAGCCAACAGCCACAUUCUUGGGGGGGGUUCCAGCAAAUCAGAAGCUGCGGAGAAAGAUGUAACAAGGGAGUUGCAAAUUUUAGACCGGAUUAGCUAAAAUAGAAAUAAAAGCGUAAUUUGUCAUAAUAUAAAAUGCAGCAAAUUGGGUUCUUCGUUAUUCUGGUUUUACUAAAUGAUUCUCUGGAAAAGGAAGGGGAGUUUCUCUUUACAUAAUCCUGUAUCCUAAUUUUUGCAAAUUUGAAUAUUGAUUUGGCAGUUCUAAGCUACCAUUAAUAUGCCAUAUAAAUUUAUCACAAAGCUCUACUCUAGAAUCCAUGAAAUCCCCGUGUGUUCUAAACUCAGCAUGUCUGUGAAAGACAAAUUAUUGUGUUGUGGUAUACCGUGCAGAAAGCAGCGAAACAGUGUAUGAAUACUUGUUUUGGGGGUAUGAAUUAAUAACUGUGCUAAAAGUCAAAUUAAUCUUUGUGAAUAACAAUAAUAGGAGCUUAGACCGACUGGGGAGAUAGCUUUCUCAAGGAUGGAAUUGGAGUUAUCAUUAACCUCAGCCAAAUGCAAGUGUAAAAGGACUUACCAAAAAUACAUCAUUGACCUUUAUUUUGAUGUUACAGUCUUCCUCAAGAACCAGUAAUGGGCUAGGUUUUAUCAAUAAUGGAAAUUAAUAGGGUAAUCCUUAAGUCUUGGACUAUUGCUGGUCUUUGAAGAUGUGUUUAAAAUAAUAUCCUUUGCUUCUUCAAUUCCUAUCUCAACUGGGUCCAUUAAUGGAUCCACUCAACUGGGUCCACUAAUAUCCUGCAAAUGUUCAUCUCCUUAAAGAUUUUCUCCAAGCACUUUGGCUACUUCAGUGAUUUGAAGUAGUUGUGGUGCCAAGAGUCUGUAUGUGUAGUGUUUUGCGUUGAAGAUUAACCCUCCGUUACUGGAGGUGUAGCUCCAACCCCAGCAGCAUCAUAUGGGUGUCUUUAGUCAGCCCAACACAGAAUGACAAUCAUUGGCUGAAAGCGGUCAGUUGAGGUUCUCAGCCAACGAAUGUCAACUACCAUGGAUUCUGGCUUCUACAGCUCUGCAGAAUCCAGAAGCGCAUGACUGGAUCACCAGAGAGCCCAACGGGGACCCAGGUAAGGGGACAAACUAUUGGUAAAUGGUUUGCCCCAUUACAAUGAAACUGGGCAAGGGUACUUCUGGUAUCAUAACCACUACAGAGGCUUUAGUGGUUAGGAUGCUUGGAGUAACCCUUUAAGUUUCUUCAGUAACUCCUAUAUUACGUACAGAAUGUUUGGUACUUUAAUGGAGCUUUUAAAAUACAUAUUACGCAAAAACAAUAGUUUAUGAGAACACUAAGAAUGGACCACAGCUUAGGUAGCUUGACCUUCUGUGUAUACCUUCAGGUAUAUUAUAGAGAUUUGUCGAAGUGAAGAAUGUUGCUUCUAUCAAUUAAACUUAUACAUAUCUCCUUUUCCUAUUUCACAGAUGUAGUUCCAUUUCUGAUCUUCAAUUCAGAGUUGUCAGCAUGCCUGGUGGCGAAAGAGUCUUCCGUUCACAUGAUUGGGCCAUGUAAUGUAAAUUCCCCUGAUCAGCAAUGGCUAUGGGUCUCCCGUCGUCGACUUUUCAACGUGGGCACACUGAAGUGUUUGUUGACUCCGUACCCCAGCAAUAGCACUGAGUCUGCUCUCUCCGUCUUCCAGUGUGACCAUGAGAACUUCUAUUCUAUUCGACGCUGUGAAUCACAGCUGGAACAGCUCACCAAUAGUAUUAGGCUACAGAUAAACAAUGGCACAAGCUCGCUGCAGCCUCCGGCAAAGGUUGGCAGCCAAUGGUCGGUUUAUGGAACCAACAGGAGCAUCUGCACUGAAGCCUUUUAUGGUAGGAAGUUGCUGUGGAGUGGUGGUCUACACCUCAAAUUAACCCAUUUAUGUUUAUUUAUUUAUUUAUUUUAUUCAGCUACCACACAGAUACACAUUCCUAAAGAAAAAAAUGUUUCUUUGGCAUACCACCCCAUUUCUUCUCAAUUAUUUCUACUUGUCUACUAACACUAGUCAAAUUAAGUGCCCUCUAUAUGGAAGUUCAAUGUGACACUGCUGGCCCUCUUUCUGAAAAAAAUUGAACAAGUUAUGUAAUGCUAUGUUGUACACAUGUGCAUUCUCGCAUUGUUUUGAAUUGUGAUUCCAUGUGUUAACUUCUCUGUGGACAGAGGACCAUGUCCGCUCCUUUCCACAAAUUUAUAUUGUUAUCAUUUACUGUUUCAUCGUUGAAUUUCAUUACAUGUCUUUUUGGACAUACUUUCAUUUGUCUUGUUACUUACUUCUCGUUCAACAGAUAUUUACACCAUCCAAGGCAACUCGAAUGGCCGUCCUUGUGCAAUCCCAUUUAAAUACGACAACCAGUGGUUCUACAGCUGCACGAGCACUGGUAGAGAAGAUGGACAUCUCUGGUGUGCCACCACAGUGGACUACGGCAAAGAUGAAAAGUGGGGCUUUUGCCCAGUAAAAAGUAAGGGAGAUAAUAUUUCUGUUUAAGUGACUGGAUUUUGGUAACAGUAGCAUUCAUAUGAGCCCCGGUGUAAUGUAAAAAGAACUGUACCGUAAUUGGUUUUUUUUUCAUUUUUUCUUUAGAAAAAUAAUAGCUUUCAUUUUAGCUGUUUUCCGAAAAUACAUAUUAAAACGCACUGUAAGAAUACAGAUGUUUUAAACAGCACAAUUGAGAUGUGUGUGGGAGAUGUCACAGAGUAAAACAAACAGUAGUAUAAAUAGUGAGAAUCAUCUGAGUAAACAGAGCUAGGAGAAUAUGAGCCAGUGUCUGGGGGUUGGGACUACAUCAAAGAAAUUAACAUUUUAGUUUUUUUUUUUUUCAGUUUUCUUUUUGAAAACAACUUCAAAAUGUUUUCUUAAGGAAACUGGAAGCUUAAUUUUUAUUUAAAGUGAUUUCUUUAAACAUUUAAUCGAUUUGCCAUUAUUUUAAAAUUCAGGGUUUUUUUUUUUUUGGUUUUUUUGGUUUGUUUUUUUUACAUUUUCUUUUUUUUUUUUUAAAUUCUUUUAUUUUUGGCGUGUCGUUGCAAUACAUUCUGGUGGGAAUAGCUGUAUAGCAUAGUACAUACAUGGCACAAUCGAGUAUAAGAAUACAUUGUGUAGUGCGGUUCGUACCUUAUUGUCUACAUUGUCACAAGCUGAAAUGUACUGUUAUGGAUGACACUUUUUGACAUUGUCGCAUUAUCACAUUAAACCAUUAACCAGUUAACUGCGCGGAGUUUUUUACAUUUUCUUUGAUGUUGGCAUCAGUAACAUUGGCAAUUAUAGAACUUAGCCUCCCAUUGCCAAGUGCGAGGAAUGGACCACAUACACAAGGAUGAUUUUUCUAGCAAAUCUGAUUGAUGAGAAGGUCAGACCCGAUAGCCCCUUGGUUUUGGUAGGCUGUAGCGUGUCAUAUGACACUGCUCCGUGCUGCUUGUUUUGAUAAUCAAAGCUUUAUUAUUUUGUUUUAGAUGAUGACUGUGAGGCAUUCUGGGACAAAGAUCCGCUAACCCUCAGCUGUUACCAGUUCAAUUUCCAGUCCGCUCUAUCAUGGAGUGAAGCUUGGACCAGCUGCCGGCAACAGGAUGCGCACCUUCUCAGCGUCAAUGAGAUCUACGAGCAGACCUAUAUAAACGGUGAUUGGGUGGAAGGCUCUGUGGCUUUCAAUUAGUUUGUGAUCAUAAAUACUAUCCUGCAGAUGCCUUGAGCUAAUAUUGUUGCAUAAGCUUUUCAAAUUAUUUAAUAUUUAUGGUUAAAAAUCAUUUUUUUUUUAAAUAUUAAAAUCUCAAAAAAUAUAUCAUAAGGGGGUGGAGUGAGCACUGGAGCAGACAAGACAUACCACAAGUGAGCUCCGGCUUACUUCCUUCGAAAAGUCUAUUCUCAUUGAAGUACCAGCCACUUUAUCUAUAAAAUUCAAAUUAUCAUGGAAAGGCAUUCUAAGAAGCUGUAGCCCCAAGCAGCUGCGGGUUCCCAUGAUAUUGAGGACUAUCUGGCCCAAUCAAGCUAAGUAGAGUACAUUUUACAGGACUUUUGGCAUGUCUGGAUGGAGAGUGUGUUAUUAUGAGUCAGUAGUAUCUGUUUCCAAAGUCAAAAAUAUGGAGAAGUUCAAACCUCAACAGAUAUUAACCCAUGGUCCAGGAUGCAAAUAGAAUAAAACGAAUCUUGCUAACGCUUAGAUAAUUUAGAGGAAGUAGCUGCUGUGUUGAGCUGAAACUAAUUUGAAUUCGUCUUGACUUACAGUAACAUUAUAGUCACCCAGACCACUUGAUCUAAUUGAAGUGGUCUUAGUGCAGUGUUCCGGUCCUCUUAACCCUGCAAUGUGAAAAGUCCACCUCUAGUGGCUGUCUUGUGACAUAGAAGCUCUAUAGGAAGGCAUUGAUUAAUUGAAUACGAGCACAUUGGAUUGACCCCUCCGUGACAUCGCAGGUGAGGAGUACUAAGCAGCUGGGGGGAGGGGGCACCUUAUAUUACCCUAGACCAGUGGUAGUCAACCUAUUUCUACCUACCGCCUACUAAUGCAUCUUUUUGGUUGAGUGCGGAAUAUUUUUUAGAAAGGAGGGUGUUUUUAAAAAAAGAAAUGUACCUACAUUUAUCUUUUUAUUUCUACUUAAUGCAUGUUUAUAAUGUUUUUAACUUAAUAAAGUUUAAUGAGAAAACAAUAAAGUAAAUUGAAAUUACCUUUACUAGCGAUUAAAGAGAUCCUUGAGGUUGAUGCUGCAAGACUAAAUAUUUGAUAUCUGGUUCGAUUUUCGGAAGGAACAAACAAAGGUUUCUUUUGGUGAUAUUCAGACGACUUCACUAUUUGCGCAAUAAUAUGAUUUCUCAUCUGUGCAUCAGCUCCCCUCCUCUCCCUCCUCAAUUCCCCUCCCCACCUUUUUUAAAAAAUGUUUAAACUUUCCUUACAGCAAUGCCCAGUAGAAAGGCUGAGCUAGGUAUCCCACUUACUAUUACUUACUAUAGCCCACUAUAACAGACAGGCACACAUACAUACAUACAUACAGACAGACAGACACACACACAUACAUACAGACAGACAGGCACACACAUACGUACAGACACACAGACAGGCACACAUACAGACAUACACACACACACACAAAAGACACAUACAUGCAAACAGACACAUACAGACACAAACAGACAUGCAUACAGACACACACAGACAUGCAUACAGACACACAUAAGACAUACAUACAAAGGCACAUACACACAGACAGACACAAGACACACAUACAUAAGACACACAUACAUACAAAGACACAUACACACAAAGACACAUACAAAGACACACACAUACAUACAUACAAAGACACAUGCAUAAGACACACAUACACACACACACACAUACAGACACACACAUACAGACAGACACAUACAUACAGACAGACACACACACACACACAGACACACACAUGCAGACAGACACACACACACACACACAAGACAUACAUACAAAGACACAUACACAAACACACACAAAAUAUUUUAGUCACCCUCCUGUUUCCUACCUUUAAGGUGCAGGAGGGUGACUUUCCCUGGGGUCCAGUGGUGGCUCAGGUGGAUGGGAGUCAGAGUUCCCACUCUAACUCCCUGGUCUUCCUCCCGUGCGGCUCUCAGUGUUAGCUGGGAGGAGUGACUUGCAGUCACUUCCUCCCAGCUCGAGGAUGUAAUCACAGGGGGCCCGGUCGCGCUGUUAAAGCGCCCAGCGCUGACCGGGCCCCCUUACAAUACACAUCCAUCGGGUGGCCCUGACAGCAUGGGCCACCCGCUGGAACCCUCCAUAUGCAGCCCCGGCGGUUUGCCGCGCGGGCCGGGGCUGCAAAUGGUGAUGGCGGUACCCGGUCGCAGGGGUACCGCCGGCUUGCAUCCGCCCGCCCGGUCUCUCAAAAUUAGAAAAUCCCUACCGCCCACCUGGAAUCCUGAAACGCCCACUAGUGGGCGGUAGAGACCAGGUUGACGACCCAUGCCCUAGACAGACACACUAUAUCACUAUAGUGUUGGGAAUACAGAUUUGUAUUCCUAAAACUAUAAUACCCCUUUAAGAAUCAUGAGCUAAGACUAAAUUGUUUUUGCUGUAUCUACCCCUUGCUAGGAUUUAUGUUUAGAUGUCUACCUGCUGAUCAUGAGCCUUUGCUUUCUGUAUUGAGAUCAAUAAACUUUCGGUCGAUACCGCUGGUCUAGAUUUUGCAACUUUCCAGAGAAAUUUCCCAACUAGUGUUUGGGGUGCAUUACAUCUGUUAUUUGUCAAAUUGUUUUGGAAGGAGAUGACAAUACAAAUUUGGACACUUCCUGCACUCAGCACUCAGUCUGCCCAGCCCACGGAGGGCACCAUGCAGGGAGCUCUCUGCAGGAUCCUAGUGCAUCUCCCAAAUUUAAACGUAACCACAUAUGUCCCCAUUAUCAGGGGGCCGCCGUGACACACAAAUUAAAACACUAAGUCUGGAAUCCUGUGUUUUCAGCCCUGAGCAAUUGGUGUGACAAGAACAGUUCCCGCAGUAUCUUCAAACAUAGGACAACGAAACAGGACCUGAAAAAUCGGGACUGUCCCACCGAAAUCGGGACAGUUGAGAGGCCUGAAUUUCCCUUCUGCAUUAACUGUACACAUCUCUAUGCAUGGCAAUGAUAAGAUGUGAAUGCUGUGUCAGCAGAAAGUGUCUCCUUUCCCAAUAAUCACUACAAUAAGCUAGUUAUGGACUUCAGAGUGUCUCUUUGAAGGCACCUCUCACUAUACUGUGAAAUAUUAAAGGAGCACUAUAGGAUCAGCAACACAAACAUGUAUUCCUGACCCUAUAGGGUUAAAACCACCAUCUAGGCCCCCUGCCUCCCUAAAUAUAGCAAAAUCUUACUUGUAUUCAAGUCUGGAGCUGCUGGCUUUGUCCCUGUUUCCUUUUGACCUACCCACUGCCUGCUGACAUCAGCAGAAGUGGUGGUGUGAGCCAAUCACAAUGUUUCCCAUAGGGUUGGCUGAGACUGAUAAAGAGGCAGAUCAGGGGCAGAGCCAGCACAAUUCAAACACAGCCCUGGCCAAUCUGCAUCUCCUCAUAGAGAUGAAUUGAAUCAAUGAAUCACUAUGAGGAAAGUUCAGUGUCUGCAUGCAGUCAGAGGAGAUACUGAAUGUUUUGAUGCAUUUUAGGCAGCCAUGACCCAGGAAGGAUCUCUAACAGCUGAGGAGUGGCCAGUAAAGUUAUCACUAGGCUGUAAUGUAAACACUGCAUUUUCUCUGAAAAGACAGUGUUUACAGCAAAAAGCCUGAAGGUAAUGAUUCUACUCACCAGAACAAAUUCAAUACGCUGUAGUUGUUCUGGUGGCUAUAGUGUCCCUUUAAGUUUAACUGAUUAGACUUUCUCUUUUAUAUAAAUGGCAGUUUAUAUAAAGCUCUGUGGUUGAACCUAUUUGGAAUUCCUACUUAUUCAGCUUUUUUUCAUUCAACUUUAGAGAAAACCAAUGGUAUCAUUGAUAUUAAGUGGAUACUUCAUUUACAUGAUCUUAGAUCUCAAGAGGAAGUGGUGAGAUGUCUAGCAGAACAUGUACAUUUCACCAUCAACCCUUUACAAUGGUUUCUCAUGUAAGUGAAUGAGAAGUCAUACAAUAGACAUACAUGUACAAUAGACCUGCAGUUGGGCUCACUUAAAACAAUCUUGACGGACCUAAAAUGGAGCUGUCAGCUUCUAGCUGUUUCCUCAUUCAUUUAAGCUGGUUUGCUAAGAAUGCACAUGUGUAAUGUCAUACGUGCAUUAAUGUUCAGUUAUUUCUUCAAUACCAAGGGCCGGGAACGGGUAGAAAAACUCUGCAUAGUAAAAUAGAGGAUAACCUAGAAUUUCCUAAUCUCAACCAUUUCAAAGGUGUCAUACAUGUGUUAUAUUGCUGUAUGUCUAAUAUGUAUUUAAAAACAAAGCAAUAAUGUGUAUAUUGUACAUCUUAGUUACUGUAUAUUAUUUCAUUCAACCCCAUGAAUGAUUUCCAUUUAGGACCAUCUAAAGCCAGGGGCCUAUAUCAUUUGUUUUAUUGUUACUUUCAAUCUACCACAGGCCUUCUGACUGGGUACAGCUCUACUCUGUGGAUGGGACUCAAUGACUUGGACACCAACGGAGGAUGGCAGUGGUCAGACGGUUCACCAUUAAAAUUCUUGAACUGGGAGAUUGGUAAGACCCACGUAUUUACCGUAGUUUUUCUUUCCAUGUCUCUGCAUCUGUUGUUGGACCCAGCGUGGUCAGACAUGAUUCUUUUAGGCCAAACACAACAUUUCAUGUACAGCCUGUACAACCGAAAUGGAGGUAAUAUACGAGCACAUUGUGAUAGUGUGUAUAGCUGGCAAUUAGAUCCUAGACUGCAUGAUAUGGAACUGAAACAGUCAGUGAGAUUGCAUAUAUAUAUAUAUGUGUGUGUGUGUGUGUAACGACUAAGCAGCUAACUAAAUGUUGGUUCACCCCCUUGCUUGAGUUUGUAACCCUAACUAUGAAGAUGAGAGGGGUUUCAAUGUUAAUCUGUGGUAUCUAUUGGGUGGAAAGCAAGACAUACGUGCCUCUUCUCUGGCGCUGUUUCCACCCCAAUCCUUGUUAGUGAGAGAGGUUAAAGGGAUACAAUGUUAUUCCACAGCUUCUUAAAGAAAAGGAUGGCCAGAGAAUGCGCAGGAAUUGGCAUUCUGAUCCCCAGGUAACAACACUGCUUUCAGCCUUAAUCUGCUGCUGGACCUCUGAGAUGGUACAAUAUGGUAGUCAAUGGAUUUGUAAAUACGUUCACAUUUUGAAUAUAGCAGAUUGACCCGACUUUAUGUUUUUGUUUCUCAGUAUUUCUAUCCAUCCACUGACUCUCUUCCUCUCCCUCCUCCCUAUUUCAGAACAUCCAAGUAACUCCAAUGAAGAGAACUGUGCUGUGAUUCGGACCGAAUCCUCAGGGGCCUGGCAGAAUCGGGACUGUAGCAAUGCUUUACCCUACGUUUGUAAAAAGAUCUCCGUAUCAAACCGGGGCAUUCCAGCCAUAGGUGAGAUGAUAGAUGUUUAAAGCUGAGUGCAAGCUUUGAAUGGUGUCAAGUUAUAAUGACAUGGGGCCGGCCAAGAUUCGUAGCUGGGCGUAGAAGAUGGUUAGCUGAUUGCUAAUGAGUUACUCCUCCUUAGCUUUGAUUGUCUCUUCUGUCUCCUCCUUAGAGCCUGUGGAACCUGAUGUGGUGAUACAAUGUCCCACUGGCUGGCAGAGUUAUGGAACAAACUGUUAUAGACUUAAUAUUGAGAAGAAGAGUUGGCAAGACGCAAGGAAGGCAUGCGUCCGACUAGAUGGAAACCUAGCCAGCAUCCACACACUCCUGGAGCUAGAGUUUGUCACGAAACAAGUCAAACAAGGCAAGUCAACUAAUCACACAUGGUUCAUAUAUAAUCCACAAAGCUCAGUCAAUCGCAAAGGGUUCAUCAAACGUCCAGAUACCGUGUCUAGAGGAUGAACUGAACCUAUGUUAUUAUUACUUCUUUUUAUGGUGUAUCUGUGUGUUAUUUAUGUGAGUACUUUACGGACCCAUUUAGACCAUUUAAAAGAGAAACAUAAGUGCAGGUAAUUAAAAAACAUCUUAUUCUGACAAUAAUAUUCAGCAUCGGACCUUUGUGAAUAAUGUUUUCAAGAUUUGUCUUAUCUUUAAUAUUGUGUAUACAUGCAGGAGAUAUACAUUACAUUAGAAAGAGAAGUAGUUCCAGCAAGGCCUGCUUGUGAAGGUUGUCUAUAGGGGCAUCGGCAGCGGGGGGCCUAACUAACUUUUACUAGCCCCGAUCACCCUGUUUUGUGUUUAACCAGGGGCUCGAAGAAGAGGCUACAUGUACUCACUGCACGUUCCUCACUGUUUGUUUGGCCACCUAGAAAUGCCCAUAGUUGUCUGGUUAUUUUUCCUCUUUCAUUAGAAGUAGAGGAACUGUGGAUUGGGCUGAAUGAUCUCAAGCGUCAGAUGAACUUUGAAUGGACGGAUGGAAGUGCUGUCACCUUCACAUCUUGGCAUCCCUUUGAACCAAACAACUUCCGUGACAGCAUGGAGGACUGUGUGACCAUCUGGGGACCGGUCAGUGUCAAGGGCUAAAGAAUAGGGGGCAUAAGAUCAGACAUGACACAAUUGUUAUAUUUCCAACCUUACAUUUCCAUAAAGGCAUUUUUCCAAAGCAUUAUUUCCUAUUUGGUGUGCAAUGGAAUGCUGAGACCUAAGUGUGAAAAUUCCAGAAUCUAAUUGACUGUUGGCAGCACAGUCUCUUAUUUUUCCAUAUCAGUAACAGACUCUGAGCAUUUAAAUGCAAUUUCAAGAUGGCCGCCUCCACUCACUGUGUUACAUUUAUUAUUGCAAACUCACAAGUAAUAUGUGCUUGUAAUAAUUGUUUAAAAUGAAAAGUGGUAGGCCAUAGUGUCAUAUAUAUCAGAAUAAUAUGAAAUUUGUUGUUUUUUUUUGUUUCUUUUUUCAAUGUUUCUAUUAUUUAAAAAAUCUUUAAAAAAUAAAAGUGGCUAUCUCCGUUGUAAGGUAUUUAUACCGAAUAAAGUAGUGACAUUAACUCAAUCGAGUAUUUUGUUCUCGUCUAAGAAAUAAGAUUAUGUGUGAAUGUAUUUUCUAAGGAGAAAGGAAAUGGCUUGAUCUGUGAGAUACCUCAGUUGGUUAAAUGCACAGCCUUCAAACCCGUUCACACCUCAAUGAUGAACUUUCUGUUCCUGUCAGGGCUAGUUCAACUUUAGAGGGAGCGUGGUUUUAAAGCACUGCUUCAGAAUCGGUCUCAUACAGAUGUUUUUUUUGCUAUAAUAAUGUUAUGCUAGAUAACUCUGGAAUAUCUUCUCCGUAUUUUGCUUCCCAGGAGGGGAAAUGGAAUGACAGCCCAUGUAAUCAGACCUUACCCUCCAUCUGCAAGAAGCCUGGAAUAUACGUUCAGCCGAGCACGGAGGACAGUCACGGAUGCCAGAAGGUAUCGACUUACUGACACUGUACUUUUGAUGUAGGUAGAGGACAGCUCCAAUAUGUCAAUAGGGAAAACCUAGGCGUCUACCUAGGCUGCCAAGUUGCACGGGGCGCCUUUCUGUUCCUGGUCAUAUCAGAAACAAGGAAUUACAAUUGUUUUGAGGUCCUAGGCAAAGACCACCCCCUCUUAUUUUUCUCCCCUCCUGUAGUUUUUCUCUUUGACUGUCUUUUCUUUUUUUUUCUCACCAGUUUCCUUUUUUACCAGUUGUCCAUCUUCCCUUGAUCUUCCUCUAGUUCCUUCGUUCCACUGUCUUUCUUGAUUUUUCACUGUUUAUUCUCUAUCUCUCCCUAUAUCUUACUGCUUCCCCCAAAUCUCAUUUUCCUCUCUCUCUUUAUCUCUCUCCAAAAAAAAUUUCUCACUCCCUCACCCAUCCCUCUUUCCGAUACUCUUUCCAUAAAUCUUUUCUCUAAAUUGUCAUAAAGUUCCAUUUCCCCCACUUCUCCUACAUCUUUGUACCCCAUGCCGUACACUCAUUCUCUCUCGGAAUGCUGUGUGUGAGCUCUACGUUUCUUAAAACAUUGGGCCCUCAGCACCAUGGACUCCGCACACUCUCUAUAUUACUCCAUAUAGCCCCUCUCUAAACAUCCUCUCCUGGGAUUUCUUUUGACCUCCAAGAAUACGUGAGUGGUUUGUUAUGGCAGUAGAAAUAAAAGUCACAGAGGAUGUGGUACCUUCUUCUGAAGGUUAGGAGCACCAAUUACCAUUUUCUUAACCUUAAAAUAUUUUUUUUAAAUUACCAAAAUUGUUGAUUACUUUAAUUUUGUAAUUUUCCGCCAUAAUUUAAAAUUAUUUCAUGUUAAAAUUUGACCCCCCAAAAAUAAUAUCUUCUCUAAUGAUGUUUUGGAAGCAGAUUUAGCAUUUUGUCAACAAAUACAAUGAGAACAUUUUUAACAAUAUCUUUCAGAGGAAAGGCAUAUCUGCUAAAAAAAAAUAUUAUAAAAUGUCUAUAUUCUAUGUAAAAUAUAUAGGAUCUGAGACAUAAUAUUUAUUUUUUAUAUAUAUGUUUAUUUUCACAUUGUUUCCGUCCAAGUAGCAUACAUUAAAAACAGAUUUGCUGUAUUACAAUGAAAAAUGAUUAUUAUUAUUUUUUUUAAUACAUAUCAUAUCGAUAGCUAUAGUUUUAUUUAUGAAUACACAAAAUACUCAAAUCACAAAGAUAGACACAACACAACAACAAACUCUUUCAUACUCAUACUAAGUUUCCAUACAACGAGACGAUAAUUUGGGGGAAUCAGAAUCAGGUGGGGGUGUUAAGCUUUUGUACUCAGAUAUCUAACCCAAGGGGCCCAAAUUUCAUCGUAUUUCUCUUUGGAUACUCUAUCCAAUACUAUGCCUGCUUCCAUCCUAUGUUGAAAAUCCACCUGUGUACAUUUAUCACACCAAUUCAAAAGGCCCAUGUUUCUCCAAUUUCUGGCCAUAACUAUUUUACUUGCCAUAAAGAUAUGAAUCAUAAGAAUUUUAAUUUUUAAAUUAAUCGUUGGCAUAUCUAAAUGAAACAAAAACAUUUGGGCAGUUAUAUAAAUUUGUGCCUUAGUAAUACAAUUUACAAGCCCAGAUAGAAUUGAUUUCAUAGGGUUCAACUCCUCACAACCCCACCAUAUGUAGGGGGGGGGGGGAAUGACCCUAAUGCCCUACCACAUCUCCAGCAAUCUGGUAAAAGUGUAGAUUGAAAUUUGUGUAGACGAGUGGGUACCAAGUACCAUCUGUAAACAAGUUUAAAGUAAACUUCCCGUAUAUUUACCCCAUGUAUGUACCUUUUUACUAAGUGUAGCCCUGAUAACCACUCUUCGAGCGUAAAAGAAACGUGUAGUUCUUGCUCCCAUUUAAUCCAUUCUCAUGCCUUAUGUAUUUGCUUUUGAUUUUUUAUAAAUUGGUUAAAUCUAGAAGCAAUUUUUUUCCUAUAAUGGAAUGCUAUAAAUUGAUCGAUUGGGGAAUUUUCUGAAAAUUCUUUACCUAAAAUAAAUGAUUUAACUCUUAAAUAGUUAAAUACUUCUUUAGAGGGAAGAUUAUAUUUAAGCUGUAACAUUGGAAAUGCUAGAAUUUGGUUUCCCUCUAGUAAUUCCUCAAAUUUUACAAUUCCGCACUUUUCCCAUUCUUGGAUGUUUAUAUCUUUUACAUAGAAUUUUAGACAUGCUAGUGGGGCAUUUUUUGAUAUAUAUUUGGUGCCAUAUUUUUUCUUUAGAUAUUUUACUAUAUAGAUCAUUGUGUUAUUCAUCUGAUUAUUUGUUUUUAUACUUUUUACAAAUUCGCUAUCGCACCAUAUAAGAAAUAGAGGUUCGAGAUUGCCACGGUCAGCUUUUUCAAUAUCUAUCCAAGUUGGUCUUGAGGUUGUAAAGUUAUCGCACAUAAUUAGAUGUACUGUCAUGUUAGUCAUAUAGAAUUUUUGUACAUCCGGAAAGGAAACUCCUCCCUCCCUCCAUUCUCUCUGUAAAAUUUCCAGUGAUACUCUGGGUCGCCUAUCCUGCCAAAUAUAGUCUGAAAUCUGUCUUUGAAGACCACGUAUCGUCUGGGAGUCCACCAUCAGCGGGAGAUUCCUAAAUAGAAAUGUCAGUUUGGGAAGUAAAUAGGAGUUAACUGCCUCAAUUCUUCCCAUCCAUGACAGUUCCAUUCCCCUCCAGGUCUUAAGAGUACUCCUAAAUUGGGUAGCUAUAGCUGAGUAAUUUAGUACUCCAAUUUCCCUAUAUUCCAAUGAUAGAGUUACCCCUAGAUAUUUUAUAUUCCUAGCUCCCCAAUCACACUUAAAAUCCUCUUUAAACAUUUUUUCCCCAUGCCCAUUUAGACCCUUAAUCAAAAUUUGUGUUUUCUUUAUGUUAACUUUGUAGCCUGAAAGUUUACUAUAUUCCUUAAUAAGGCAAAAUACUGCUGGGAUAGAUCUAACAGGGUCCGUAAGAGACAGGAGAACAUCAUCUGCAAAGAGUGUGAUUUUAUUCUCCAGAGUAUUUAAAACAUUUAAUUGACUACUAAAUUUGGAUAUUGAAAUUGAAUUUAUGCUUUUUUUUGAAGUACAAGUGAAAUCCAAGAAAUUAACAAUUAUUGCUUUUUUUUCAGGGGUGGAGCUGGCAUAGCCCAUCUUGCUAUUGGCUAGGUGAUGCACAAGUGACUUACAGUGAAGCAGUGAAAUUAUGCGCAGAUCGCUCGGCUAGAUUGGUGUCUGUGCAGGACAGGCAAGUCCCAAUUGGUUAUAUGUUUGAUGUGCGAGAGAUUAGUAAAUACUUGUUAAUAAACAUCUCCUUAUAACUCAUCCCAUUACUCCAUAUACCCUCUCCCUAUAACUCCUCCCAUUACUCCAUAUAACCUCCCUAUAACUCCUCCCAUUACUCCAUAUAACCUCCCUAUAACUCAUCCUAUUACUCCAUAUAACCUCUCCCUAUAAUUCCUCCUAUUACUCCAUAUAACCUCUCCCUAUAACUCCUCCUAUUACUCCAUAUAACCUCCCCUAUAACUCCUCCUAUUACUCCAUAUAAUGCUCUCUAUAACUCCUUAUAUUACUCCAUAUAACCUCUCUAUAACUCCUCCUAUUACUCCAUAUAACCUCUCUCUAUAACUCCUCCUAUUACUCCAUAUAACCUCUCCCUAUAACUCCUCCUAUUACUCCAUAUAACGCUCUCUAUAACUCCUUAUAUUACUCCAUAUAACCUCUCUCUAUAACUCCUCCUAUAACUCCAUAUAACCUCUCCCUAUAACUCCUCCUAUAACUCCAUAUAACCUCUCCCUAUAACUCCUCCUAUAACUCCAUAUAACCUCUCUCUAUAACUCCUCCUAUUACUCCAUAUAACCACUCUCUAUAACUCCUCCUAUUACUCCAUAUAACCUCUCUCUAUAACUCCUCCUAUUACUCCAUAUAACCUCUCCCUAUUACUCCUCCUAUUACUCCAUAUAACCUCUCCCUAUAACUACUCCUAUUACUCCAUAUAACCUCUCCCUACAACUACUCCUAUUACUCCAUAUAACCUCUCUCUAUAACUCCUCCUAUUACUCCAUAUAACCUCUCUCUAUAACUCCUCCCAUUACUCCAUAUAACCUCUCCCUAUAAUUCCUCAUAUUACUCCAUAUAACCUCUCCCUAUAACUCCUCCUAUUACUCCAUAUAACCUCCCCUAUAACUCCUCCUAUUACUCCAUAUAACCUCUCCCUAUAACUCCUCCUAUUACUCCAUAUAACGCUCUCUAUAACUCCUUAUAUUACUCCAUAUUACCUCUCCCUAUAACUCCUCCUAUAACUCCAUAUAACCUCUCUCUAUAACUCCUCCUAUUACUCCAUAUAACCACUCUCUAUAACUCCUCCUAUUACUCCAUAUAACCUCUCUCUAUAACUCCUCCUAUUACCCCAUAUAACCUCUCACUAUAACUCCUCCCAUUGCUCUCCCUAUAACUCAUUCUAUUACUCCAUAUAACCUCUCUCUAUAACUCCUCCUAUUACUCCAUAUAACCUCUCUCUAUAACUCCUCCCAUUACUCUCUCUAUAACUCAUUCUAUUACUCCAUAUAACUCAUUCUAUUACUCCAUAUAACCUCUCUCUAUAACUCCUCCUAUUACUCCAUAUAACCUCUCACUAUAACUCCUCCCAUUACUCUAUAACUCCUCCUAUUACUCCAUAUAACCUCUCUCUAUAACUCCUCCUAUUACUCCAUAUAACCUCUCCCUAUAACUCCUCCCAUUAUUCCAUAUUACCUCUCCCUAUAACUCAUCCUAUUACUCCAUAUAACCUCUCACUAUAACUCCUCCUAUUACUCCAUAUAACCUCUCUCUAUAACUCCUCCUAUUACUCCAUAUAUACUCUCACUAUAACUCCUCCUAUUACUCCAUAUAACCUCUCACUAUAACUCCUCCUAUUACUCCAUAUAGCCUCUACCUAUAACUCAUCCUAUUACUCCAUAUAACCUCUCUCUAUAACUCCUCCUAUUACUCCAUAUAACCUCUCAUAACUCCUCCUUACUCUAUAACUCCUCCUAUUACUCCAUAUAACCUCUCCCUAUAACUCCUCCUAUUACUCCAUAUAACCUCUCCCUAUAACUCCUCCUAUUACUCCAUAUAACCUCUCUCUAUAACUCCUCCUAUUACUCCAUAUAACCUCUCCCUAUAACUCCUCCUAUUACUCCAUAUAGCCUCUCCCUAUAACUCCUCCUAUUACUCCAUAUAACCUCUCCCUAUAACUCAUCCUAUUACUCCAUAUAACCUCUCUAUAUAACUCCUCCUAUUACUCCAUAUAACCUCUCCCUAUAACUCCUCCUAUUACUCCAUAUAACCUCUCCCUAUAACUCCUCCUAUUACUCCAUAUAACCUCUCCCUAUAACUCCUCCCAUUAUUCCAUAUUACCUCUCCCUAUAACUCAUCCUAUUACUCCAUAUAACCUCUUCCUAUAACUCAUCCUAUUACUCCAUAUAACCUCUCUCUAUAGCUCCUCAUUAUAACUCCUCCUAUUACUCCAUAUCCAUAUUGCUCUCCAAUGUGUAACGUUUUAAAUAUUGCCAAUGUGUUUGUAUAAUUACUGUAUCUAAUUAUUUUAUGCUAACAUCACACUUUCACUCUACAACCUGUCCAGGUUUGAGCAGGCCUAUGUUAACAGCCUUUUAUAUAGCUCGGAUGAGAGCUUCUACUGGACUUCCCUGCAGGAUAUGAACAGGACUGGCGUAUUCAGCUGGCUUUAUGGCGAUGAAGUAACAUACACCCACUGGAACAGAAACCAGCCAGGUAUGUCUCAAAACAUCAUUAAACCCAGGACUUAGAAGGAGCUAUGUCUGCAUGGUGUCUGCGCUGUGUCCUUAACAGAGUCUGCUGCUCUACCAAGAACACAACUACUUUAUGAAAAACAUUUGCUAAAAUAUAUCCUUAAUGCUACCAAUUAGGUUGUUGUGACAUCUAAAUGAUAAUUAACUUUCUUUAAAUUUCUGCAAUAAUAGUUUAUUUUCCUAUAAGUAUUUUUUUUUUAAAGUUUAUUCAUUGCCAAGCUUUUGAAUAACUCCUACAAGCAAAGAGCUCACACAGAACAUCUGAGAUAUUCUUUGGUUGCACACCUACUGAAUUCUUCACUACACUCUAAUAAUCCGUAUUGUCCAUCAAGUUUCACUUUAAUCAGCAAACAGUUUUUUACUUAACUGCUGUUCCCAUGGCAGGUUAUGAACGAGGGGGCUGUGUUGCUCUGGCUACUGGCAAAUCUCUUGGCCUUUGGGAAGUGAAAGACUGUUUGGAGUUCAGAGCAAAGUACAUUUGCGAGCAGAGUUUGGCCCCACUAAUUCCACUGAUCCCUGCUAUAAGGCCCACCCCAAGCUUCAAUGGAAGCUGUCCCGAUGGUUGGAGCACUUCUUCGAACCUGAGACACUGCUACAAGGUGAGACAGAGGUAUGGGCAAUGUUGGAGAAAACCAAGCAAAAUAUUUCUUAGUGUCUUUUGGACCAUCAUUUAGACCAAUGUGUCUAAAUAUUUCUUCUGGACCAAGGCACACUUCAAUUAGAGAACAGUUGCGAAGAUACCUCUACCUUGUUUUCUUACUCUUCACCGGUUUCUUAUAAACUCUCACAUUUUGCUUCAGGCUUACUUGAGAGGUAUGCAUACUUCUGGGUAAUUUGAUUUGCUAGUUGUAAUUGUCUGCCAGAUUGGAAUCUCAAUCCUGAUGAAAACACUUAUUACAAAAAAAAAAGAUACUUAAGGACCUGGGUCAGCCUAUCAACCCAAAAGUCAAUGUGUUCAUUGGACACUUUAAAGAGUCUUGGUGAACACCUUUAUGCCUUGGCACACAGGUUGAAAACCACUGCUUUAGAGUAUAUGUUUAGGAUGUAUAGAACCAGGUCCAGAGUUCCAUCCUGUUGCCUCUAAAAUGGAAAAAUGAAAACAUUCCAGACACAAGGAAGCAUGGGGAGUGACUAAAUGUUUUUUAGUUGAGAUACAACUAAGCUUUGCAUCUAUCUUCUUCUAUGGCAUCGCUCCCACGCAAGUGUCUAGUCUGCCUUUCUUGAAAUCUCACCCUGAACAAACCACGGUAGACCCUCCAUUUGAUGUGUUUGAAGUGAGCAUGUCUUCCUCUCAGGUAGGUUCUGAUCCCAGUUUUUUUAUGUCCUUCACAGGUCUAUCACUCAGAAAAACUGCAAGAUAAAAAAACGUGGAUAUCAGCCCAGGUUUUGUGUCGCGAAAUUGGAGCUCAGCUUUUGAGUAUUUCCAGCACUGAAGAGGAGCAUUUUGUGUCCCAUAUACUGAAUAAAAUUUUUGGGUAGCUACUUAUUAUUCUUGCCCACGUAUUUUUCUCUUGGAUAUUGCCGAGAAGUUUCCAAUUCACUUUCUCUUUUUGUCUGCCAGCGAAUCAGAUGCUGAUGUUCACGAGCAGCACUGGUUCUGGAUUGGACUAAACAGACGGAACCCUACUGGUGACCAGAGCUGGGUCUGGAGUGAUGGACAAGGGGUAAAUUAAAUACUGUCCAUGUGCUGUAGUUUCAAUGGCAAAAGUUAAAAAAAUAAAAUAAAACUCAAUAAUAUCUUAUUCAGGAAUUACACAAAGGUUGUGAGUAUUUUGAUUUGUGUUUGAUUUUCACUCUUUAGUAUUCCUACCACAACUUUGACCGCAGUAACCAAGAUGAUGAUGACAUAAGGAGGUGUGUAGUGCUGGACCUGUCAUCCCUCCAGUGGGUAGCCCAAGAAUGCGAGUCCCACAUGGAUUGGAUCUGCAAACUUCCAAAAGGUGACAACUGCUUUUAGAAAUUCCAUUGUCACAAAAUCAGAAGUUGAUAACUUCACGUCUAGUCUUCAAAUGGAAACAAGUAUACGUACUGUUUCCAGUUCCACUCUUUGAAAUACUGAAUGGGCUAUCCUUUUUGCAAUAAUUCUUACUUUCUUUAAGCCUUACCAAUUAGACAACACAACCUGUACCAUGAGCAGUUUAAUUUCACCCUUUAUUAAGUUUGAUAAUAUAUAUCAUUCCUUCAAUUCGCAGGCACCGAAAUAAAGGAACCCGAAGUAGCUAAAGGUAUGUUUUAUAUCAAUGUUCUGUUCAUAAGGGACUUUCUGUUGAACGAUUUUGUUACAUGCCCAUUGACUUGUCAUAUUUCCACCUCUGGAAUUUGUUGCUCAUCUUUCUUCUGAAGUUUAGGCUCAAUCACAACCAAUCUCUGGCAUUUGGUUGGUUAACUUUCUCUAUAGUGUGAGUGUUUUCAGUGUGAUCACAAUCCAAAAAUUUCACAACUUUUUUUUGCUGGUAAAGUUGCCAAAAUGAGAAAUUAUUAGUGACUUAAAACUGCGGGCUGUGCAGUAUGAGAGAAGCUUACUUAUUGGAAGCUAUCCCUCGUAGCGAUGUAUCAUCCAGCUGCAGGUGUUAUGUGACUUGUAGUCCAUGGUUCUUGCUGGAAUCUUGGAAACACUUACGGUGUUCCAAAUCACAGCACACGAGGCAGCUUGGGAAGUGUCAGCCCUGUGGGAAAAAGCAAGACAAUGUGUCCUAAAAAUGUUUUUUGGAAAUAUGUAGAAACCAUCCCAGCAUAAUAUGACUAUUAAAAGGAACAAUAUUAAAAGCUGAAAUCCAAAUACACUGUAUGGCUAAAGGUUAUGGUUUAUAAGCCGUAUUAUUAGCAAAUGUGGUUAUUUUAACCCAGCCAUUGCUGAAAGGGGCAUAACAUUAAGCAGUCAGACAUGUCACCUGUGUUUUGUGUAGGGGAAUAGAUCAUGUAGUGAGUGUGUGUGUAUAGGGGUGGGGCAACCUGUAGUGUGAGUCUGUGUAGGGGGAUAGGGGCUGUAGUGUGAGUGUGUGUGUAGGGGGAUAGGGGCUGUAGAGCGAGUGUGUCUAGUGGGAUAGGGGCUGUAGUGUUGUGUGUGUGUGUAGGGGGCUAGGGGAUGUAGUGUGAGUGUGUGUAGUGGGAUAGGGGCUGUAGAGCGAAUGUGUCUAGUGGGAUAGGGGCUGUAGUGUGAGUGUGUGUGUAGGGGGAUAGGGGCUGUAGUGUGAGUAUGUCUAGUGGGAUAGGGGCUGUAGUGUGAGUGUGUAUAGGGGGCGAGGGGCUGUAGUGUAAGUGUGUGUAGGGGGAUAGGGGCUGUAGAGCGAGUGUGUCUAGUGGGAUAGUUGCUGUAGUGGGAGUGUGUCUAGUGGGAUAGUUGCUGUAGUGUAAGUGUGUGUAGGGGGAUAGGGGCUGUAGUGUGAGUGUGUGGGGGGUAAUAGGGGCUGUAGUGUGAGUGUGUCUAGUGGUAUAGGGGCUGUAGUGUGAAUGAGUGCAGGGGAAUAGGGGCUGUAGUGUGAGUGUGUGUAGGAGGAGGGGUUGCAGUGUCAGUGUGUGUAGGGGCUGUAGUUCAAGUGUGUAGGGGGCUAGGGCUGUAGAGUGUGUCUAGUGGGAUAGGGGCUGUAGUGUGAGAGUGGGUAGGGGGAUAGGGGCUGUAGUGUGAGUGUGUGCAGGGGAAUAAGGGCUGCAGUGUAAGUGUGUGUGUAGGGGGAUAGGGGCUAUAGUGUGUGAAUGUGUAGGGGGAUAGGGGCUCUAAAGCGAAUGUGUCUAGUGGGAUAGGGGCUGUAGUGUGAGUGUGUGUAGGGGGAUAGGGGCUGUAGUGUGAGUGUGUGUAGGGGGAGGGGCUGCAGUGUGAGUGUGUGUAGUGGAUAGGGGCUGUAGUAUGUAUAGGGGAUAGGAGCUGUUGUGCGUGUGUGUGUAGGCACUAUAGCAUGUGUACGUGUCUGGAUAGGGUCUGUAGUGUGUGUGGGGAGAGGUGACAGGGGGUUUAACUUGCAUGGCACAUGUGAAUAGGUUCUGUUGUUAUAUGUGGGGUUGGGGGUACAAGGGCUGUAGUGUGCAUUUGUGUGUGUACCGGCAGAUUGGGUAAUGUAGCUGUUACAGUUUCAUUUGAGGGAUCAAUUUCAUAUUAAUAUAUUUGGCUAUGCAAUAAGAUGUUUGAAGUAUAAGUAUCCAGACACCUUUGGCUAAAUAGUGUAGAAUAUCAAUCUACAUUAUAUCUCAGUGGCAAUAUGUUGUGUUACAAGUUAAAGAAGGACACCUCUAUGUUUCUUUUACAGCCUUGGUUUAUGGGACACACAGAUUUGCAAAAUUCCUUGUAGUCUUAUUAAAUUAAUUACAAAGCCCAUUACAAUAAUAAAUGCAAAAACAAUCUAUUAAAUAUAAAAGAAGUUAAUAAAGGUGCCCACAUUUGACGUUCUUGCAUUUGUUGUAAAUACACUGACUUUGCAACCUUCAGCAAAGCUAGUGCAGAAUUCUAAAUGCACUAAUCACUAUAAAAAUCGUCAGAAUUUUCUUCUAAAUGCUCCACAUUAACUUAUUUACCUCAGGCGUAUUCUUUGCACGUACCCAACAAAAUGUCUGUGAACUCCUCUCAAACUGUCCUACCUCUGAUGACUUCCUGUUGUCCUUUCUCCACAGGUAGCUCUGAGUGGGUAAAUUAUGAAAACUCAGAAUACAAAUUUUUCGAGCACCGCUCAACAUGGAUGCAGGCUCAGCGGAUCUGCACUUGGUUCCAAGCUGAACUGGUGUCCAUCCAUGACCAGGCAGAGUUGGACUUCCUUGGGAAGAAUCUACAGAAGGUAUGAGAUUGCACAAAAAUGUGAUCUUGUGUGAGACCUUCUCUGUGUGUUUUGGGAGAAUCAGAAUCCCUAAAGAACAUUUUGUUUGUGAGAUAUGAAGAUAUUCCAGUGGAGACAAAGUUUUAUAUGACUUCCUUAUUUUCACUGGGAGAAUGAAGACCUAUAAGUACAUGAAAGUGUGAGGCUUGCUUUUGUCAUUGGAAACCAUGGAGUCUUAGCAUUUGAUAAAUAGUUUUCAGACAUUUCAAAGUAUAUAGGAUGUCACUUAAUUUCUGCAGUUUGUCCAGUAAGGAAUAAUAAGGAAUAGUUACAAAGGUCUCCUUGUGUGAAAUAAAAGGCACAAUAAGAAGAGCUAUCUCUGGACAAUUUUUACAUGGAAAAGGUUCAGAAAAAGAGUAGUGGAAGGGUAAGAUAAUGCAGGAGGCUGGUUUCCAUCUGCGAAUGCCAAAUAGGUGGUUCUGGUCUCGGUCUCUGGUCUGUACAAAAGGUAGUUAAAGUAUACGAUUUUAGUGCGGUUCCCCCAUUUUCUAAAUUCCCAUCUUCUCUCAUGGGCUGAAUUCUAACCCAGAUUCUCCUUGUUUUGUAAGUUUGCCCGGGGACAAGAACAGCACUGGUGGAUUGGGCUUCACACAUAUGAAAAUGACGGGAGAUUCAGGUAAAUUUAUCUUGGUGUGGUUAAAAAUAUAUCCUGACUUUUUUUUUAAAUGAUUGUCCAGAUGUGCGUAGUAAGAAUGGUAAACUGCACAGGGACAAUGGGACAUUGCAAAGUGGUCAAGAGCAAGGGACUAAACAAAGCAUUGGGAAAGAACAGGAAGAAUAAUUUAGAGAAACAAGUGGUAAUAGCUAUGCAGAGUCCAGAAGCUUUAUACCAAUGAUGGCUAACCAAUGAUACUCUGGCUGUUCUAGACUAUAUUUACCAUAGUUCUCAGUCAUUCAGAUGAGAAACGUAGCCCAAAACACCUUCCAAGAGGACAAUUCUCCUGUUCUCUUCUUUGACAUUAUUUGCAUUAACCGAGUGUUGGUCGUUCUACCUCUGGCAAUUACAGUUCAUUAGACUUUGCAGGCCAAUGUUUAUCAAGAUGAAAAAAAAAGAAAUCCACAAAUUUGUGUAUCUUUUUAAUUGAUCAUCUCUAUUCCAUGUUCCAAGUGUGCUUUCAAUUUUCAUUUUUGUUACCUUACACUGUUUUUAAAAAUCUAUGCAAUUUUGGACUGGUUACCUUGUGCCGUGCCAGAUGUUUUGGUAGUAGAAGGCAUUUGGUGGGAUUAAGGGAUUUUAUGCAGGUGCAGGGGUUGUUGGGGCAGCAUAAAGGAAGGAGGUUGUUAGACCUGCUGAUCUAUUUCUUUUACAGAUGGUCAGAUAGCUCGGUGCUCAGUUUUGUGCACUGGGCACAUGGCCGGCCUGGACGCCUGACCAGGGAAAAAAAAUGUGUCUAUAUGACGACUACUCGAGGUGAGGACUGCUGUGCCUUGCAAGUAAAGGUCCUCUGCUUCUGUUAUUUGCUCUGUUGUGACACAUUUAGACUCUUAAAUCCACACUCCUAACCAACAGCAAGUUUCUGGCUAUUGAUGGCAAUGGAUUCAUGGAGGGGUCACACAGCCCUAUUAAACUCUAAUGGUGCAUUGUUUUUAAUAAAAUAAUAUGAAACAUUUGGAGGACACAGGAUACGCGGCUCUAUGCACUGGCUAUAACACCCCUGCUUAUCUGAAUGGUUGUCACUCUGCUGAUUGCUUGUGUGCUUUGCUCUGCUUCCUACAUUGUAUGUGUUGCUCUGCCACGUUGUUUAUGCGCACUGCUUUGCCUUAUAUACACAUAUUGCUCUUUUUCCCUCCCUAGAGGAUUGGGGUGACCAAAAGUGCAUCACUGCUCUGCCAUACAUCUGCAAACGCAGCAACGUCACAUAUCCACGCCCCACGCUACCUCCUCUGAUAAACUCAGUGGGUGGGUGUCCUCAGGGUUGGCUGCCAUUCCUUAACAAGGUAAGUGUGCAAGAGAAGGGACUAAGUUCCCUUUUAACUAGGACCACUUAAACCCCAGACUCAGAUGCUUGAGACACAUCCACUAAGCUAACUCACUCUUAGUCAGUGAUGUUCUGAAAGAGAUAGUAUAGGGUGAGGAUGAUGUAACACUGGACUUUGAAACUACAUACAUUUGAAAUGAUUAAAAAUGGAAAUAGAUUGAUCCACAGGUGCUCGUCAUGUAUAACCAUGCAUAUUGGACAUUUGACUCUUUAACUCUCCGAGGUACACCACCUGGUCACCCGGUGUUACUAGGCAUCAGUGAUGGACAGUUUUAUUGUGUAAUCUGCCCAAUACAUGAUUGAUGAACAAUGUGUUAUCUUUGUGCAGUGCUUUGGAGUGAAAGCAUAUUUCAAAUCUGAACAAAAGACAUGGCAACAAGCCAGGGACUCGUGCAAACUGCUUGGAGGAGAAUUAGCCACCAUCAGCAAUUAUAUGGAACAAGGUACUUGUAUCUAUGAACAUCUAGGUCUGUCGUUUAAAAAAAAAGUCUUUAGGGGCACCAGCACCAAAGAUCGCCAUCCGGUAGUCUUUAAUGAAUGCAAUAGCAAUGAUUAAUUUAGACUGUGACAAUGUAUUUCCUAGUAUAGACUUCUGAAGCAUCACACCUCCUGAUGUGGGUGGAGGAGAUCUGCUUACUGCAGUGAGGUUGGUCAAAGGCUGGCUAAGAACUAGAGAUGCUGAGCGCAAUUUAAGGGCAUAAGUAAUACUUCCUACCCAGGGAUACCUAUCUUUAUCUAAGUGAGGGAGUUGGGUGAGCAUCCUAGCAUGGGACUGUCAAUAGUCCCUAAAUCCUAAUAUGGGUUAAUAUCAAGCCCUUCAACUAUCUAUGGAUUUACAUAUAGCAUAAACAAAGCGAUCUAUGCUUUAUCAUCUGAAAAAUUGCAUUAAAGGGAUUCUCCACUGCCCAAAUACAAAAUAUAAAAAUCACUAAUUCGUAAAUAUAUCCCCAAUGAAAGCAUGCAUGCAUUUAAUUAUGCGUUUUAUAAUCAUUGGAGGCAUAUCUAAAAACAAACUGUAAAAGCUGCAGAUCUCUUGUCUGAAGCCUUUGCAAGCCCUCCCCUUCUAACCCCACCCAGACAUUCUGCAGCUAUCUCAUCACAGACUUCCCAAUGCGGCUCAAUGAGAAGUCUUUCCAAGAAAGGUGCUCUGGGCAAUUGCUGUCUAUUGGGUUUAUUUUUACUGAGCUAAACUACCAGGAAGUAACAGUACUGAUUGUCUGAUUGACAGCCAGGGGGGCGGAACAAGGUUAAUUCAUAAAGUGCCAUUUUCUGUUGAAAUUUGCAGUUUUUGUAAAAUAAAAAAGAAGACCCUCGUAAAGCACUUCAGCAAGCUAAAGUGCUCUAGGUGUUUGGAGUGUCCCUUUAAUCCUUUAAGAACCCCUUAGUGUAUAUCAGUCUGAUGACACAAAGCUAUCGAUUCAAACUGUAAUUACAGAAACACAGAGUAAUCGAGCAAUGUUUACAUAAUUUAAAAUUCUACCCCAGAAACUGAAUCUUUCACUAUUCCACCAUCCCAAUCUAGUACCUAAAGAUCUUACGCCUGUAUGGAGUGUUUCAAUUCUGGAAUAGGAUCCUCAAAAAGCGUAUACUUAUAAUGGCGUAGACCAAACUCCGGCCCUCCGGAUGUUACUGAACUACAACUCCCAUGAUUCUCAGCCUAUCUAUUUCACUCGUAGAUCAUGGGAGUUGUAGUUCAGCAACAUCUGGAGGGCUGGAGUUUGGGGAAGCCUGUUGUAGACUGUCAUUGGUCUAAGGCAGGGUUUCCCAAUUAAUUUUUCCCGUGGAACCCUUUGACAUAGUGUGUCAACAUCGUGGAAGUAAAUUUUUUUUAAAUGUGCCGGUGUUUGUAUAUCUGUGCUUGUAUGUGCCAGUUGUAUAUCUGACACACAGAUACACACACAGUGUGUGUGUGUGUGUGUAUCUCUGUGUCAAGGUGUGUGUGUAUUUGUAUAUGCCAGUGUGUAUGAAUCUGACACACAGAUACACACACUGGUAGAUAGUGGCACACAGAUACAUACACUGACAGAUACACACACCUUGACACACAGUGUUUAUCUGUAUGUGGGUAUGUAUGUAUCUAUCUAUCUGUGUGUCAAGGUGUGUAUCUGUGUGUCAAGGUGUGUGUAUCUGUGUUUGUAUGUGCCAGUGUGUAUGAAUCUGACACACAGAUACACACUGGCAGAUAGUGGCACACAGAUACACACACUGACACAGAUACACACAUCUUGGCACACAGUGUGUAUCUGUGUGUGUGUACGUAUGUAUGUAUCUGUGUGUCAAGGUGUGUGCGUCUGUUUCAAAGUCUGUGUAUCUGUGUUUGUAUGUGUCUGUGUAUCAAGGUGUGUGUAUCUGUGUUUGUAUGUGCCAGUGUGUAUGUAUCUGACAUACAGAUACACACACUGGCAGAUAGUGACACACAGAUACACACACAUUAAUACACUGUGUGUAUCUGUGUGUCAAGGUGUGUGUAUCUGUGUUUGUAUGUGCCAGUGUGUAUGAAUCCGAUACACACACUGGCAGAUAGUGGCACACAGAUACAUACACUGACAGAUACACACACCUUGACACACAGUGUGUAUCUGUAUGUGGGUAUGUAUGUAUCUAUCUAUCUAUCUAUCUAUCUGUGUGUCAAGGUGUGUAUCUGUGUGUCAAGGUGUGUGUAUCUGUGUUUGUAUGUGCCAGUGUGUAUGAACUUGACACACAGAUACACACUGGCAGAUAGUGGCACACAGAUACACACACUGACACAGAUACACACACCUUGACACACAGUGUGUAUCUGUGUGUGUGUGUACGUAUGUAUGUAUCUGUGUGUCAAGGUGUGUGCGUCUGUUUCAAAGUCUGUGUAUCUGUGUUUGCAUGUGUCUGUGUAUCAAGGUGUGUGUAUCUGUGUUUGUAUGUGCCAGUGUGUAUGAAUCUGACACACAGAUACACACACUGGCAGAUAGUGGCACACAUAUACACACUCCUUAACACACUGUGUGUCAAGGAGUAUGUAUCUGUGUUUGCAUGUGCCGGUGUGUGUAUAUCUGUGUUUGUUUGCGCCAGUGUGUGUAUCUCUGUGUCAGUAUGUAUAUGUAUCUGACACACAGAUAUACACACACACUGUCACACAGAUACACACACAUUGACUCACAAAUACACACACACACGCACACUCAGAUACAGACAGUGACAUACACACACUUGCACCCACAGAUACACACUGACACACUCAGAUACACACACACAGGCACAUACAAACACACUGAUACAUACUGGCACAUACACAGACACACUUAGAUGCACACAGUGACACAUACACAAACCUUGACACAGAUACACACACUGACACACAAAAAACUCUUUGACAGACACACACACUCUUUGACACACACAUACACUCUCACUGACUUGCACACAUACACUCUCACUGACAAACACACAUACACUCUCACUGACAAACACACACUCUUUUACAGACAAACAUACAAACACAUAUGCACUCUCAUUGACAAGAGCAUAUACAUUCUCACUGCCAAUCACAUACACUCACUGACAAGCACACAUUCACUCUCACUGACAAACACACAAACACACACAAACGCCCUAACAGACACACAUACAAUUUUUUAUUUAUAUGCCAGUGUGUAUGAAUCUGACACACAGAUACAUACACUGACAGAUACACACACCUUGACACACAGUGUUUAUCUGUAUGUGGGUAUGUAUGUAUCUACCUAUCAGUAAGAUACAUUCUCACUGCCAAUCACAUACACUCACUGACAAGCACACAUUCACUCUCACUGACAAACACACAAACACAUACAAACGCCCUAACAGACACACACACAAUUUUUUAUUUAUUUUUUUACCUUUUACUCCACCCAGCUCCCCUUCCCUUAGGACUGCUGGCAUGGAGUCCCUGGGGUCCAGUGGGGCUGCUGGCAUAAACUCCCUGUGGUCCAGUGGGGAUGGCUGCAGCUUGGCAGGCGGCGAGGGACAGACAGGUGAGCAGUGGAGGCGGGCGGUGAGGGAGCUCUGAUCUCUCUGCUCAGCUCCCUCGCACGCCUCCUAGUGAUGCCAGAGCCGGAGUGACGUAAUUUUCCGGCUCCGGCAUCACUGCUGUGCGCGCGAGGGAGCUGAGCAGGGAGAUCAGAGCUCACUGCUCCCUCGCUGCCCGCGGCCAUUUUUCCCCCCCAUUUUUCGGCGGAACAUCAAUUGGGAAACGCUGGUCUAAGGUGAAUCACAGGAAAGUAGAGUCCACAGUUUCUAAAACAGAUGAUCAAAUUAUGUUUUGUGGGGCUGCAUCUUUGUGGUUUUGCACGAAAGCAUAAUUUAUUAACAAUCACUAUUAAAACAAUGUAUUUUAUAUCUCCUUGCAUUAGUAGACCUAUGUUAUAGUGCGAAUUAGUCAUCUUUGAAGCAUUCUCUGUGCUUGGGUUACAGUCACUUCCAAAUAUCCUAUUGGCAUUGAGGGGAGUUGGACCAGCACAGAAGGGGUUAAUACAACCAAAAUAGUAUUUUAUGAAAACCCUUUCAAUUUGAAAUUUACUUUAAAUUCACUUUAACUUUAGUAAGUAACAGUGUUAGAAUCUAACAAUUCAGAGAUACACUUGCUAUAGUGCCCCGUUGGCCAUAUAAGUAACACCCCACCCCCUGCAAGGAGUAAAAAAGGUAGUUUAUAUUUACAUACCUUUUUUCCAUUGCUGCACCAGUCUACGCGGGGAAGCACUGUCUCCUUGACUGAGAUCAUCGAAAAGAAAGCAUUGGGAGACUAGUGUGCAUGCGCAGCAUAGCACCACUCAACACCAUUUCUAAGACCAUUUGAUAGAGAUAGCAGAGUUUUACUGGGUCUGGGUGGACAUUGACAUCAGGUUGUCUGGGUGCCGAUAGUGUCCUUUUAAAGUUAUCAUUGAAGCUUGAAAAGGAAGUUGAGGAUUAAUACAGGUAGAGAAAAAGAGGGAUUAAUGCUUUUGCUGUUAACGCAUCUACCCACUCCAUGUCUCCAGCUUUUAUUACAUCCAUACUUCCUGACAUAACUGUCGACCUUUGGAUUGGUCUGCACAAUGCCCGACAAAAGUUCCAGUGGGUGGAAGGACAGCCAUUGAGUUAUGUGAACUGGGCACCCGGAGAGCCAUCCAGGGAGAGUGCUUCUAGCAGUAACGACAAUCCGGUGAGUGACUGCCUAAAUCUUGUAAUAAUUCCCAUCAGUGAGCCUACUAUGUAAGAAAGAUACAAUGUGAUAUCUCUUUAUUGAGAAAAAACAUUAAAUUCCUAGCUUGGAAAACUGGUCUGUGUGAUAAUGUUUCCUUUUAGUUAAUCAGGGGUAGACAUUGUUCGACACUCCAGAUGCUGUGGCUGGACCAGUGUAUCUCAACCUUUUACGGAGGUAAAAGUACCCCGGGAUUUCUAAACAAAUUCCUAAGUACCCCUGCUUUGAGAAAGUAAUUUCUAUUGAUUUAAUUUCCAAACGAAACGUGUAGACAUUGAUAUUUAAAUUAAACAAGACUGAUUAAAGGUAGCAAAGAAUAUUUUUAAAAUAAGUAUGGCAUGAAGUGACUAUUAUUUAUGUAAGGAUGGAUGCAUGAACUAUUAAUCUGAAGGGUAAAAGUCACAAAAUGAAAAUAUAAUACAAACAUAAUAGUUACACACAGAGAACACAAACAGUUACACAUAGAAGACACUGACACACACAUUUACACACAAAGGACACAGAUGCACACAUUAACACACAGAGGAAACUGACACACACGCACUUACGCAAAAAGGACACAUACACACAUACACACUCACUGCAAGACACUCUCAUUGAUUUCAAACAAGAACAAUAAAGUAUACAUACUAUAAUUAUAUAAAAAAGUAUACACACUAUAAUUAUAUAAAAAUUAUAUAAAAAUCAUAUAAAUCAUUUGACACACACUGACAGACAUAUUUGCUGACACACACCUUUACUGACAGGCACACCCUCACUGAUCUGACACUCCGUGAUAAACAAACUCACUGAUUUGACACACACUGACAGAUACACACACACACACACUGACAGAUACAUACAUAUUCUUUCCCAGCCACUCACACAUUAUUAUUUUUGUUAUUUUUUAUUUAAGCCCACUCAACCUCCGUACUUUUGGGAGAGAUGGAAUGGAUCCAUUUCCUGGGGUCCAGUAAGGAUCAUUUCCCUGGGGUAUAGAGUGGUUUCUGUCAUCUUCAUGGUCUUCCUGGUUUGCUCUCUCGCACGCUGUUUAAUGAUGCUGGGGCCGGAGAGAUGUCAUAGAUUAUAUCUUGCAGUUAUGCCCAGCUACAGCCUCCCACCUAGACACUGUAUUUGGGCAGAGAAUGCUUCUGUCGCUAUGGUAAGCGGGUGCCUACUCUUCCAUAGCAAACCAAAGGUGGCCACAUGGCCAGCUCAUGGUGUACCCCUGCAUUUGGGGUGUGCAUCCCUAAUGGGGUAUGUGUUCCACAGGUUGAGAAACCAGGCUGGAGACUACAUCUCCCAUAAUGCUCCCACAGCCAUAAUGUUGACAAAGCAUCAGGGAAGAUGUAGUCCACAACCUGGAGACCCGAUUGUUGCCUACCCCUGUUCCAAGUCAUACUUUAAAACAUUGCCCUCAGUUUGAUUCAUUGCUUCCAUUAGGUGGUUUGGUCCAUACUUCACACGUAGUUCACACACAAAUAGAAAGGGGAAAAUAUCCUGAUAAAAUGAUUUAUGUAAGUGCGAUCCUGUGAGUCUGACAUCAACAGUGACAAAGUGAAUUGUACUUUAUACUGACAUUUACAUCUCUGGCAGAUUAGCUGUGCAGUCAUCUGGCACGGAACACCAUCUCAGUUCACCGGCCGUUGGGACGACCGGAGCUGUUUGGAGAAACAAGGGUACAUCUGCCAAAACAGCAAAGGUAUGUGGGGUGUGCGGAGGAAGAGAUGUGUCAAUCAGACAAACAGGAGUUUCUAGAGAAAAACGAAAUGUAAACCUUAGACUAAAAUAGUUAGGCUGUCACUAUAGCCGACUUGAAGAUUUCUUUCUAAAUCAACCCUAAAUUAUGCAAUUCCAGUUUUCAGUUCUCUAAGAUUUGUAGUUUAGAAUAAAGCUCAAAAUGUAGUUUUGCUCGUUGCUAUCUCCUCGAAUUCACUCGGUAACUUGGAUAUGCCUUUGUUAAAUAAUAUAGUUUUUAUUUUGUUUUUUUAACUUUUAAGCCAUACUUCUCCUUCCGCCUACUAAUAUUUGAACUAUAAAAUAUUUUUCUUGCUACAGUACCACUUCUGAGUCCACCCUCUGAACAAUUACCCCCACUACCUGGCACCAAUUUGCAGUACAGAAACAGCACGUACCUGAUCAUGCAGAAGCCAUUAUCCUGGUUAGACGCUCGUUUGAUGUGUGAGACCCGGAAUGCCACCCUUACCAGUGUCCUAGACCCCACCCAGCAGGCAUACCUGACCAUGGCCAUCAGUUUACAGAAUACUCCUGUCUGGAUUGGAAUGUUCAACGAAGAAGUAUGUGUACUCAACUGUUAUUAUCAUCUUAACUUUUUAACUCUGAGUUUGAUUAAACCCAGUUGUUCCCUCCAUAUUACAGGGUGGGCGAGCUUACUCUUGGCUGACAGAAGAUGCAGUCUCCUACACCAACUGGAGGGACGGGGAGCCUCAGCAUCUGAGCGGCUGUGUUUACAUGGACUCAGAAGGGACAUGGGGUACAGCGAGCUGUGACAGCAAACUACAAGGAGCCAUUUGCAACUUUAACAGCAGUGAGUGAGCUCAAAGGCUAAUUAAGAUAGCUCCAUGUGCUGAUGAAGGCUGCGAGAUUAACAGAGUUAUUCAUCAUGAAUGAGAAUUGCUGGGAAUUCAAGUGGGAAUUUUGCAUUUGAGGCCAAAGUUCAGCUACCUCCUGACAAGUAUUCCCUUUAGAGAAAAUCUUCAUAAAAGAUGAUGACUUUGUUUACUCUGUGUCCUGAUUCCCAUUCCACCACAAUGAUUUGGUAGCGUUUAAGGUAUCUGUGAUUUCUGUAGAAACAGGCACUGCACGGUACAGGCCUAAGCCACUGUCCAAUCAGUCAUGGACAAAAGAUGCCAGGAACUCGGGAAAUACAGUAUUUAUAAGUUAGAAUUGAUUUACUUUGUAUUCCUGGAUAUUGAAUUACUUUCUCAUGUUUGUGAAAAUUUAAAUAAAGAAUAUUUAUUUUUAAAUCAGUUAGAAUGUAUAUUAACAUAGGUUGUUUAUUGAAAUUAGCACAAAGAAGGGAUAUAAAUCCAAACAAAAGAAAGGCGUGAAGACUGAUCCAGUUUGAGUGUACUGGUGCAGGACUCAAAAGUGAGACUUUUCUAAUCCUUAUAAAAAAAAAUCACGAAGAGGAAGAAAAUGACAAUCACAAUAACACUUUGGACAUGUUUUCUCUUUUCUUUUAUUCACUAAAGUGAGAAUUGUCAGAAUUUAAAGUUUUAGACCAAAAUAACCAAACUGGAAGCAAAGCUCACUUUUUUAUGUAUUUCUCUGAUUCAGCUAUUUUGGCCUUAAAUUUUAAAGAAAUUUCUAAUUUGAAUGAAUUCCCACUCUUCAGUCUCUGAUACUGUGUUUCUCCUCUUUCCCCAACCAGGUUCCAUCAAAACACACAAGUGGAGUUUGAAUGGCAGCUGUCCCAAGUCAGUUGCCGACUCCUCGUGGAUUGCGUUCCGUGACUACUGUUACUCCUUUCACAUGGAGGUCAGGGUGAGCCAGAAGGAUGCUGCCAAGAGAUGCCAGAAAGGUGAGAGACAGUAACUAAAGAAUGUCCUUUAAGAUGUGCAUGUUGGUUUAGGUACAACGUUGCGCAGUACAAUGGUGUUCCGUAAAAUAACAGCUUCUAAUAUUAUUAGCAUGCAGGAGACGGGGCUAGGGUGGGAUAUUGUCAUGUAUCAUCACAUUUUGAUUCAUUUUGCCCCAAACACUUGGAAAUCUCUCAAAAAUCAUGUCCAAAACUCCAAUGUUCAAGCCUUGUGUAACUACGGCUUCUGGGUUCUUCAGCCAACAUUUGGUUCGGAGUCACUGGUGGUGUAGAGCAGGCAUAGGCAACUUUCGGCAAUGCAAAAGUUUGUAGACUACACCUCCCUUGAUGCGUUUGUAGUAUUAUGGGUGCAAGAGGAUAACGGGAGAUGUAAUCCACGCCACCUGGAGCACCCAUGGUGUAUAGUAAUAUUAGCUGGAGAGCUUUUUGUUGGCUGCGGUAAAAGUCCUGGUAAUGACAUAGUAAACCACUUAUAUGCCAUUGUCUUACAGUUGGUGGAGAUGUUUUAACCAUACAGGAUGAGUCUGAGAACACAUUUGUUUGGGAACAUCUACAGACAUACGAGAGCCAAUCCAGAGGAGCGUGGCUGGGAAUGUCCUUCAAUGCCAAAGGUGAGAAAUAACUCCUUUAUCAGUAACUCCAGGACUGAAAAAAAGUUGGGGGGGGGGGGGAAACUUAUCACCAGAUUAAAGGUUAAAUAUUAUUAUACAAAAAAUUUUUAGAUCCAGCCUGAUAAUACGCAAGUUGUAGUUAAUGAAACAAAGUACGAUGUAAAAUGCUAACUGUCUGGCUAUCCAUUCUAUCUAUUGGAUGUGUUAGCUCUCUCUUGAUUUACCCUUUUUGUCACCCAGGUGCAUCUCUCUUAUGGAAUGAUAACAGCCCGGUCAACUACUCCAACUGGGGGCAGCAAGAUUCAGGUCCCAGCUUGCUGAGCCCCAAUUCCUGCUACUGGAUUCAGGGGAGCAACGGAGUGUGGAGCCUCGGCUCUUGUACAAAUAUCAGCAUGGGAGUGAUCUGCAAACUGUCAAGAGGUGGGCAGACCGACAUUAUCUAUAUUAUUAUAUGCACUAGAAUACUGGACGGCAGUUUAUUAAUGCAUGACUGUCUUGAACAUUUGCAUAACGCUGACUUUUUCUGACCUUAUUUUGUUCUAAGAUGUUUGUAGCUAUUUAUUUAAACAUAUUACAUGCUGGAAAAAAAAAGAAAGAUUUUAAAGUUGAGCAUGCAAACGAAUAUAUAAUCUUUGUCCAGUUUAUACGUAUUUUGCUGGUUGAUUCUGGCAAAGAACUCUGGGGAAGGUAUAUAUGGCGGGGGAAAAAAUACUGAACUGUUUUAUGAUAUAUUUUCUUCAAUGUUUCCACAGAUCAAGAGACAGCGAUGUCAAAAUCUGGUAAGUAGACCUGUGAUUUCCAUAUUACCCCUGUAUAUGGCCUGUGUGUAUGAAAUGUUCACUUUAAAUUAAAAACUGACAUGGUAAUUAGCGAGCCCCAAACCCAUCACUGCUAUAGCAAGUGCCAAAGUGGGAGACAUAUUUGAGAGACAUAUUGAGCAUUCAGCGAUCUCUCUGAGCUUACAUUUUCUCCAUUGGCUCUUCGAUCACCAAUGUAGCAAAAGUUCAAGGAAAGAAGGAAUGGUACCAUCUGACUUACUAACCCCCGUGCCUUCACAGCGUGGCCACCAGUUGAGGGCUUGUAGUCCCAUAGUUAUGCCAAUGCCUGGCUUAGAGAAUCUAGUAUACAGGCUGAGGGCUUCAUAGAUAGAAAACUGUGAAAACAAAAAUAGAUUUUUUUUUUUUUUUUAAACUGCAAUCUGGCAUGCAACAUUGAUAAGAGAUGACGCACAAUAAAUUAGCCAAUCAGGUCUAAAGAAUCAGAGCCCAUGAAGUGGUAUCCCAUUUCUGUUAGUGCACUCAAUGACAUGAAGGCGGCUAGAUUUGUUUGUGAUUUUUUUUUUUUCUGGUGUUAAUAAAAAAGAUGGCGUCGAAAACUGUGCAAUUAAUGAAACGGAAAGAAAUUUUAGGAAAUGAUUUAGGUGUAUAAUGCACUGGUACAUCUUUACAUGUUAUACAGUUUGGUUCUCCAAACUCUGGCCCUCCAGUUGUUGCCGUACUACAACUACCAGGAUUCUCUGGCUGUCUAUUUUCUUCAAAGAAUCAUGGGAGUUGUAUCUGGAGGGCCAGAGUUUGGAGAAGCCUGUUCUAAAGGAACCAUUAGAAUCAAGGGAUGCUCAUAAACACAAGAGAAAUCAAAGAAAAUAUCAUGGCACAAUGCAUUUAUAACAAACAAACCAAUAAAAUAACUGAAAAAAACACACUCACAAACAUGUACACACAUAUAACGAAUAAUAUUUGUAAAAAAGCCCCCCCAGAUGUUGCUGAACUACAACUCCCAUGAUUCUCUGGCUAUCUAUGUAAUUAAAAGAAUCAUGGGAGUUGUAGUUCAGCAACAUCUGGGGGGCCGGAGUUUGAGGACCCCUGCUCCAGGGGCUAUCAUUCCUGUAAGUCUGCUUGCCUGGUGUAGAUGUCUGCUGUUCUGGCUGUCUGGUGACUCCCUCUGUUGUGACUCCUUUUCGGGAGUGCUUAAGAUAAAUUAUUUAGAUUAUUUCCUAUUUUAUUUUUCAUUUUUCUUUUUUUUUUGGGUGUUUGCUGUAUAUUUAAACCUUUUUGGGAGUGGUGUUAUGAGUGGUGGCAUUCACCGUUGUUUGAUUUUAAUUUGUGUUCUUCAGUUUUGGUGUUUUGUCAUUAAGUAACCACUCAGGACAGUUGUCCCAAAAUUUGGAUUUUCCCUCCAGAACUGGGAUUGUUUAGAGGUAUGGAUCCAUACACGUGGGAGAUUCCCCCGUAAAGUAUCACUAGACAUAUUGUCGAAUGGGCCUUGGCCUUUUAUGCCUUCAUCAGGUUAGAUGGGUGAGAUUUUAUUGGUCAACGUGAAAGAUAUUGGACUUUUUAAACACUAACAUUUGUAAAAACACAAAAUGUUUAAGAAAUUAUAAUAUUUUAAAAUUCAACAUCUAUAAUGAUCUAAAAGUCUCAAAGUCAAUAAAGUUUCAAUAUAAAGUUCCUUUUCUAGCAUACUCUUCUUUGUCUUUUAAUGACAGAUUUCAGGUUUUCUAUUGUAGAUAGAAGAUAUAAUGUUUUGAAGUUAGGAAGGGUCUGUCUUUGUUGAAGCUAUUGCGCCAUUAUAUUUUACACUAUUCAUACAUUAUUAUUAUGUUCUGCUUUCUCCUUUCCAGUUCUUCCAGACCACGCCACAGCAGUAGCGGUGGUGGUUCUGUCUACAAUGGCCUUGUGUGUCCUGACUGCCAUCAUCAUCUACCUUUACCGACGCAGGAAAUUCGAAGCAGAGCGUGGAGCAUUCGAGAGUGCCAGAUACAGCCGCACCAACACUGGCCCCGGGGGAUCAGCAGAAAAAAAUAUCCUGGUGUCAGAUAUGGAAAUGAACGAGCAGCAAGAGUAG